AUGUUUGCUGUCCGCAUCGUCACCGCUGACUACUACCUUGCAACUCCCCUCAAAGACUUGGACGUCUGUUAUAACGAAUUCAGAGAAAGUGAUGUGAAGAAAGUACCAGUGGUUCGAAUUUUCGGGGCAACACCAGCAGGUAUGUUAAUCUGGUUUUUAAUCUAUGGUCAGUCUCUGCUGCUUGGUACGGUACCGCCACGCGGUGCACGGAUGUAACACACAUUUACAAAAGCAACCCAAUUCAAACAUAUCCAACUAUAACAAUACAGAAGCUGUCUUUUGAACGAUGUUUAGUGAGGUGACACAUUGUAACAAACCAUGCACCACUCGCCGCUGUUUCCAACAUGCACGCGAUGCUUCACAUAGUUGCUUUGUUUUCAGUCUAGUGCUUCAUUCCAGGGCGGUGGACAGACAGACCUUCACCACACCUACAUAGUCAGCAUUUGGCACAUAACCCACUUUACAAUACCUUCAAUAAAAUAAAUGAAGGAUCCUUUCUGUGCCCAGCAACCUGAGGAAUGGUGCCACAGCAACUUGGAAUCACAGCAUCACAAAGUUGCUACAAUGGAGGUGUAACUGUCUGUCUGUCUGAUUAACUGGUUGCCUGCAGCACUCACUGGAAAAGUGGUUGUAAUUUCGAGCCAAAUAUGGAGGACAGACGUGACACGUGCUUUGCUUUCUAGAAUGGCUUGUGUAGUGUAAUCAGGCCGCACAAGGAAAUAUGUUAAAGUGUGGUUCUUUCAAAUUUUGUCUGUUAGCCACACACCUUUUCAUGUGGUGACCUCUGCAUUGUAAAUGAGGUAGCUCUUAAUAGCUUUCCAAAAAAAGUGGAACCCACUUAUCAUAUCUACUCUCAGACAAUUCCCCUGCACCCCUCACUGACCAGUUUCAUCACAGCACCGUAGUGUAACAAGUGGCAGUGAGUUGGGUUCACCAAUGCCAUGUAGACUUCUUUUGCCACUUAUUUUUGUAUUGUGUUGCAUAAUCUUUUGAAUAAUGUUAAUGCUUUCUAACCUCCAGACGAUUAGUCAACACGAGAUCACACUCCGAGAGGCAAGCACAGCCUUCAUUUCACACAUAUUUCGUAGCUUUGUAUUCUGCUGGAAUGUGCUUGGGAUAUUGUUUUACCUCAAGGUAUUGUGAGGCCAUUGCUUUCAAUAACAAUACAACAAGGCAUCUGUUUUGGGAUUAGCAGUGUGCAUUGUUUUACAGUAACUCUCCUGCAGCUCCACUCAGUUUAUGUAUUACUUGUGGCAAGCCUAAAUUGGUGUUGGGUCUGUAUUUCCCAUGUGAAAUUGCAUCACAAUAUGGAAUACUUUGACUAAAAGCACAACUCCUUUAUUUCUCCAUUUUGAAUAUCUUUGCUGAAGUGCAUCUUUAACACUAGAAGAGCCAAAAGCGUCAUGUUGACUGAAAACGAAUUUACUUUUUUAAUUGCUCUGCCAUUUUUUUGUCAUGACCCCCCCCCCCGUCCUUUACUUUUGCUAAAUAAGUCUAUAUAACAUACUGUCGUUGUUAGAAUCGUAAUAUCACGAACAUAAUUUGUGUUAUAAGCAGUUUUAAGAGGACAUGUCAUCCCCCCCCCCCCCCCCCUGUCCUUCAUUCACUGGCUGAUGAUGGCCCAUCGAAACUUCACCUAAACUAUAUUGAAUUUAAUUUCGCGUUUAUAAUAGUCGGGUUUGGAAUUUACAGAGGCAGGGAAAUGAAACGACAAAGUGACUUUUUCAAAUUCCCCUACAGUCACAAGCAGGUAAGCCGUUUUGAUGUCUUUAUAGGCUAGUAUCAGAGAGCAGAUUCUGCAGUUUUCAAAUCACCUAUCCUUGCCAACCAACUCUUAAAAUCCACCCCUUGAGCUUCGUUUCAAAUUAUAUAUUUUCUUAUAGCAUUAAUGCGACUACGUGCACUUGCAACAUUCUAAGCAUGGUAAUAUAUUUCAACUCAGAAUGUACCAUUCUGUUCUUUUGAAAUGCAUUUUCUUAGAUUCAUAAUGUUCCUUAAGACCUGCCCUAAUAACAAACUAAUAAUGAAUGAUCUUUGUGAUGGUGUUUAUUUAAUGGAUUUUAACACUUUAAUUGUGGUGUUUUUUGUUUGUUCAUAUGGCCUACAGUUACAUAAAAUGCUAUUUUGUUCUUUAAAAGACAUGUUAUGUUAUUUCAUAUUCUAAUUAAGCAAUAAGGCCAGAGGGGGUGUGGUGUAGAUGGCCAAUACGGAGUGCCUGGACAUAGCCCUUAGCCUUGGUAUAUAGCCAUAUACCACAAACCCCUGAGGUGCCUUAUUGCUAUUAUAAACAGGUUACCAACGUAAUUAAAUCAAAUCAAAUACAAUUUUAUUGGCCACAUGCGCCGAAUACAACAGGUGCAGACAUUACAGUGAAAUGCUUACUUACAGCCCUUAACCAACAGUGCAUUUAUUUUAAAUAAAAAACGUAAAAUAAAACAACAACAAAAAAGUGUUGAGAAAAAAAAAAAAAAAGUAAAAUAAAAUAACAGUAGGGAGACUAUAUAUACAGGGGGGUACCGGUGCAGAGUCAAUGUGCAGGGGCACCGGCUAGUUGAGGUAGUUGAAGUAAUAUGUACAUGUGGGUAGAGUUCAAGUGACUAUGCAUAAAUAAUUAACAGAGUAGCAGCAGUGUAAAAAGAUGGGGUGGGGGGCAGUGCAAAUAGUCCGGGUAGCCAUGAUUAGCUGUUCAGGAGUCUUAUGGCUUGGGGGUAGAAGCUGUUGAGAAGUCUUUUGGACCUAGACUUGACACUCUGGUACCGCUUGCCGUGCGGUAGCAGAGAGAACAGUCUAUUACUAGGGUGGCUGGAGUCUUUGACAAUUUUGAGGGCCUUCCUCUGACACCGCCUGGUAUAGAGGUCCUGGAUGGCAGGAAGCUUGGCCCCAGUGAUGUACUGGGCCGUACGCACUACCCUCUGUAGUGCCUUGCGGUUGGAGGCCAAGCAGUUGCCAUACCAGGCGGUGAUGCAACCAGUCAGGAUGCUCUCGAUGGUGCAGCUGUAGAAUUUUUUGAGGAUCUGAGGACCCAUGCCAAAUCUUUUCUGUCUCCUGAGGGGGAAUAGGCUUUGUCGUGCCCUCUUCACGACUGUCUUGGUGUGUUUGGACCAUGAUAGUUCGUUGGUGAUGUGGACACCAAAGAACUUGAAGCUCUCAACCUGUUCCACUACAGCCCCGUCGAUGAGAAUGGGGGCGUGCUCAGUCCUCUUUUUCCUGUAGUCCACAAUCAUCUCCUUUGUCUUGGUCACGUUGAGGGAGAGGUUGUUAUCCUGGCACCACACGGCCAGGUCUCUGACCACCUCCCUAUAGACUCUCUCAUCGUUGUCGGUGAUCAGGCCUACCACUGUUGUGUCGUCGGCAAACUUAAUGAUGGUGUUGGAGUCGUGCCGGGCCAUGCAGUCAUGGGUGAACAGGGAGUACAGGAGGGGACUGAGCAGGCACCCCUGAGGGGCCCCUGUGUUGAGGAUCAGUGUGGCAGAUGUGUUUUUACCUACCCUUACCACCUGGGGGCGGCCCGUCAGGAAGUCCAGGAUCCAGUUGCAGAGGGAGGUGUUUAGUCCCAGGAUCCUUAGCUUAGUGAUGAUAUUUGAGGGCACUAUGGUGUUGAACGCUGAGCUGUAGUCAAUGAAUAGCAUUCUCACGUAGGUGUUCCUCUUGUCCAGGUGGGAAAGGGCAGUGUGGAGUCCAAUAGAGAGUGCAUCAUCUGUGGAUCUGUUGGGGCGGUAUGCAAAUUGGAGUGGGUCUAGGGUUUCUGGGAUAAUGGUGUUGAUGUGAGCCAUGACCAGCCUUUCAAAGCACUUCAUUUAGGCAGGUUAUCUUAGUGUCCUUGGGCACGGCGACUAUGGUGGUCUGCUUGAAAUGUGUUGGUAUUACAGACUCAGUCAGGGACAUGUUGAAAAUGUCAGUGAAGACACUUGCCAGUUGGUCAGCACAUGCUCGGAGUACACGUCCUGGUAAUCCGUCUGGCCCUGCGGCCUUGUGAAUGUUGACCUGCUUAAAAGUCUUACUCACAUCGGCUACGGAGAGCGUGAUCACAUAGUCAUCCGGAACAGCUGGUGCUCUCAUGCAUGCUUCAGUGUUGCUUGCCUCGAAGCGAGCAUAGAAGUGGUUUAGCUCGUCUGGAAGUCUUGUGUCACUGGGCAGCUCGCGGCUGUGCUUCCCUUUGUAGUCUGUAAUAGUUUUCAAGCCGUGCCACAUCCGACGAGCGUCAGAGCCAGUGUAGUACGAUUAAAUCUUAGUCCUGUAUUGACUCUUUGCCUGUUUGAUGGUUCGUCGGAGGGCAUAGCGGGAUUUCUUAUAAGCGUCCGGGUUAGAGUCCUGCUCCUUGAAAGCGGCAGCUCUACCCUUUAGCUCAGUGCGGAUGUUUCCUGUAAUCCAUGGCUUCUGGUUGUGGUAUGUACGUACGGUCACUGUGGGGACGACAUCAUCGAUGCCGAAUUAGAACAGUAAACAAGUAGUUUUGCGUCAUACCUGUGGUAUAUUGUCUCAUAGCAUGGUUUUCAGCCAAUCAGCAUCCAGGGCUCGAACAACCCGAUAAAUAGGCUAGUUUACGUUUAUCUGUAAUGAAUUCAAAGCUGUCAUGAAAUCCAAAUAUGGGAGUUGCAGGACUAAAAAGUAAGGGUUGUGUGAGCAGCUCAGUGCGUGUGUUUGCAUCCGUGUCCCUGUGUGACAUGCACCUGGUGUUUCUCUAACCCCUCCCUGUCCUCUCCUGACAUGAGCCAUGUGCACAGAGCAGACAGGAGAGACACACCAUUCUGCCCUCUGUCACUCGACACCACACUUCCUGUUUUCACUUAGGCUGCUUGCUCUUCAUUGGCCAGCCCCUGAGGCCCCAGCCCUGAUAGAGCAUGGUGUUCUAGUGGUGUGCUGCUGUAGGGUUGCACUGCACGAUGUACUGUACUACUCUAUAGGGCUAGCUACCUGUCUAUGUACAUGAGGGACCCAUAUACAUGACGGAACGCUAGAGACACUGAUGUUGUUCUUUCAUGGUUUCAGUUGCUUUACAGCGCGCUCAAUCUUUGCUAAUUUAGGCCAAAUGAUAGUGCUUGGGCACAAUGUGCAGUGGUAAUCAGUAAUUCAUUGCAUAUGUAAGAGGCCAGCAGCAGCCAGCUCGAGCAUCACUGGCUGGCUUGAUUGAAGUUUCCAUGCAUGGUAAAUACAGAGUCUCUCCCACACUGCUGGGAGUUGCAGUUUGCUGCAGUCUUUGAGCUCUGGCAGCAUUGAUCCUGCUUGAUGUCUAGCUAGGCUAGAUUUACUAGAUCCACCAGGCCUUCUCACUGCCUCAAUGCCUGGGCCUGGGAGAGGCAGCCAGGCACUGUUUUUGUUUUGCUCGGCUGUGUGUUGCGUGGCUGUGUGCAUGCGUGUGUGUGCACAUGUUUGUGUGUGUGCAGGGGCGGGGAAACCUGCAUGACCAAUUGACCUGAAUGAGGGGUCAAGCAGCGAACAGCGGUGAGGGAUAAAACAGGGGGGCUCCCUCCAACCCUCUCUCCUCCUGGCCCCUACCCUCCUUCCUCCCCCUUUACCUCUCACCAGGGGAACUCUAAUGCCAUCUAAAGGAAUUCCUCCUGCAACCAUUAACAAGAUAAUGGGGGAUUCAAAGACUGGGCAGCUCAUUAGUCAAAAGGUCAUUGUCUCCUGAAUUGCUACCUCCCUUUUCUAUUUAUUGGAUUAUUUAGCAUUCUCAAGAUGUAACCUAGGCCUGCGUUUCUUAUUAGGCUACUUUAACAUGGAUACGGCUAGCUACUUAUUUCUCAUGUUUUGUAGCCUAAUGGCUGGCUGUCUUUUGUGGGCUUAGUCCGUUUACCCUCAGCUGAAUCCACUCCCUUCCAUGCUCAUUCCAAUUUCGGCUAGUUUCGAUGCCAAAAAUAGCUGCCAGGGAGGAAUGCAUUGCUCUGUGAGAGAGGAGUUUGCUGUGAAUGCAGAGAGCAGCAUGAACCCUGGCCCCUGAUAAUCCUGAGGCUGUGAUGUUAUUGUCAAGACACUGGGGCCCCGGGUCUUUAAAAGCCCUUCCGUUGGGGGUUUCCAGUGAAGACACACACACACACACACACACACACCCCUCUCUGCCUGCCUGUCCAGGUCUCAUUAACCAUUAACAAAGGCCUGUCGUUCCUUUGUUUGUGAUGUAUUCCUUCUCUUUGGGCCUUCCCUCCCUAGGACGUCAAGGUGGUCCAAUCAGUGCCCCUCUCCCUCUCAUGAGUAAUGGGAGACAGUAAUGGCACCUCGUCGUGUGUCUUUAUGUGGGCGUGAAGAAGCGUCUCCAUGCCAUGCCGUGUCUCUGUCAUAGGGGCCUCACAUCAACCCAGGAAUACCAGGAGUGCUAUCUGGUUUCAAAGGGUUCCGCAGGCACAAUGAUGGACUGCCGUGUUGAAAGCUUAGAAAACGAAUAUAUCCCUCCUCCCUCCAUGCAACGGGUAUCAAUCAAAUGUAAAUCAGUGAGGUUGUUUUUGUCCGUUGAAUGCUUUAAUACCACAGGUGGCCUCUGGAGGAUUACAGUGCAUUAAAGCUGAAGAAUGGGCCACACCCCUUUCUCUGAGUGAUGAUGAUGAUCACCUACUGCUGCUGCUUUUAGCCUGUGGCUGAACGGUUAAUGGGGGGGGGGGAUCUAUGUCUAUAUCACAAUUUAACUUUCAAUCUAUAACUGUACUGUAGCCUAUGCCUUUACCGCAUAGCUGAGUUAGCCUCUAACAUGAAGUUGAACUGACGAGCUAAACCACUUCUAUGCUCGCUUCGAGGCAAGCAACACUGAAGCAUGCAUGAGAGCACCAGCUGUUCCGGAUGACUAUGUGAUCACGCUCUCCGUAGCCGAUGUGAGUAAGACUUUUAAGCAGGUCAACAUUCACAAGGCCGCAGGGCUGUAGACUGAUGAUUACCAGGACGUGUACUCCGAGCAUGUGCUGACCAACUGGCAAGUGUCUUCACUGACAUUUUCAACAUGUCCCUGACUGAGUCUGUAAUACCAACAUUUUUCAAGCAGACCACCAUAGUCCUAUGCCCAAGGACACUAAGAUAACCUGACUAAAUGACUACCGACCCGUAGCACUGACAUCUGUAGCCAUGAAGUGCUUUGAAAGGCUGGUCAUGGCUCACAUCAACACCAUUAUCCCAGAAACCUUAGACCCACUCCAAUUUGCAUACCGCCCUAACAGAUCCACAGAUGAUGCAAUCUCUAUUGCACUCCACACUGCCCUUUCCCACCUGGACAAGAGGAACAUCCUACGUAAGAAUGCUAUUCAUUGACUACAGCUCAGCAUUCAACACCAUAGUGCCCUCAAAGCUCAUCACUAAGCUAAGGAUCCUGGGACUAAACACCUCCCUCUGCAACUGGAUCCUGGACUUCCUGACGUGCCGCCCCCAGGUGGUAAGGGUAGGUAACAACACAUCUGCCACGCUGAUCCUCAACACGGGGGCCCCUCAGGGGUGCGUGCUCAGUCCCCUCCUGUACUCCCUGUUCACCCAUGACUGCAUGGCCAGGCACGACUCCAACACCAUCAUUAAGUUUGCAGACGACACAACAGUGGUAGGCCUGAUCACCGACAACGAUGAGACAACCUAUAGGGAGGAGAUCAGAGACCUGGCCGUGUGGUGCCAGAAUAACAACCUCUCCCUCAACGUGAUCAAGACAAAGGAGAUAAUUGUGGACUACAGGGGAAAAAAAAGAGGACUGAGCACGCCCCCAUUCUCAUCGACGGGGCUGUAGUGGAACAGGUUGAGAGCUUCAAGUUCUUUGGUGUCCACAUCACCAACACACUAUCAUGGUCCAAACCACACCAAGAGAGUCGUGAAGAGGGCACGACAAAGCCUAUUCCCCCUCAGGAGACAGAAAAGAUUUGGCUUGGGUCCUCAGAUCCUCAAAAAGUUAUACAGCUGCACCAUCGAGAGCAUCCUGACUGGUUGCAUCACCACCUGGUAUGGCAACUGCUCGGCCUCCGACCGCAAGGCACUACAGAGGGUAGUGCGUAUGGCCCAGUACAUCACUGGGGCCAAGCUUCCUGCCAUCCAGGACCUCUAUACCAGGCGGUGUCAGAGGAAGGCCCUCAAAAUUGUCAAAGACUCCAGCCACCCUAGUCAUAGACUGUUCUCUCUGCUACCGCACGGCAAGCGGUACCUAGGUCCAAAAGGCUUCUCAACAGCUUCUACCCCCAAGCCAUAAGACUACUGAACAGCUAAUCAUGGCUACUCAGACUAUUAGCACUGCCCCCCCAUCUUUUUACGCUGCUGCUACUCUGUUAAUUAUUUAUGCAUAGUCACUUUAACUCUACCCACAUGUACAUAUUACCUCAACUACCUCAACUAGCUGGUUUCCCCGCACAUUGACUCUGCACCAGUACCCCCCUGUAUAUAUAGCCUCCCUACUGUUAUUUUAUUUUACUUCUGCUCUUUUUUUUCUCAACACUUUUUUGUUGUUGUUGUUUUAUUGUACUUUUUUAUAAAAAAAUUAAUGCAUUGUUGGUUAAGGACUGUAAGUAAGCAUCUCACGGUAAUGUCUACACCUGUUGUAUUCGGCGCAUGUGUCAAAUUAAAUUUUAUUUUAUUUGAAUACCUUUAUUCUGCACUGCCUGCAGCUGAACUGUUCUACCUUUUAGUCUGUACUGUAGCCAAGGCGAUAUACCUUUAGCCUUUACCCCAUAGCUGAGCUAUAGGCUACGUGCUUACUCUUAAAGGCGCCAGAAUGCUUCAGUUCGGAGUGAGUGUGCAAUUGUACUUUUUGUCCAUUUUGAGACGCCGUAGCCAGUAUAGACAGUAUAGACUGGUUAAAGCCAGUAUUAAUUUGGACAUUUUUGCCGAGGAGCGCAAUUUUACAUCUAACUAAGAUGUUUGGUGCAGUAUUUCUCAAUGAAAAAAAUGUUAAUGAAAACGAGUCGUCUCUCGUUGAAUGACAACAGACUUUAUUGAAGAAUCCCUACUGUUGACCAAUCACUGACGAAGGGGCGUCGACUUUGGCUACUGACUUCGGCUUGCCUCGAAAGAAUGUUGUGCCCAAACAGCCAAAAAAAACCUUACCGAAGUCCAAAACGAACAAAAACGCCACAAAAUAUAUUCAUAAUUAUGCACAAACUCUUCUGAACUGUUUUGGCUGGGAAGCAUGCAGACACCUUAAGUCUUUAACCUGCAGCUGAACUGUUCUAGGCCUACCUUUAGUCUGGCCUGUAGCUGAACUAUGUGCCUUUGUCUUGUAUGAGGGGAGGUUUUUCCUGAGUGCUCUCUUUCCCUCGCUCUCUGCUUCUCUCUCUCUCCCUUACUCUCUCAGAUCUCUCUCUCGGCUCCCUCUCCCCCCCCCCGCCCUCUGAGGUUUCUCUGUACAGUACACAUAUGCCCUUGCUGCAGCGCCCGGGCCUGGGUGAUUGAUGGCUUUAAUAGCUCCCUCCGGUUCUACAGUGGCUAUUUGAAUGCGUCGCCACUGCCGAGGGCAGAAAUGGGGUGCUGCAGCACUAGUCAUUGUCACUGCCAUCCUUUUCUGUCACCCAGGUUGAGUUAGGUGACACCCUGGUCUUUAUACUCUAGUGCUGUACCCACCUAGCCCUCAGACUUUUCCUCAGACUGUCUUUUCUGCUCACUGAAACCUAUCACAGCCUCACAGCAAAGCCUUUAUUUCAGUUUGUCAAUUGACUAAUGGAUUACAGGGGAAAAUUACACUAAACUUUGCCAGGUGAUUUAUUUCAGCUGAAUUAAUUGCAGAAUUUAGUGGUUCUGGUAAAAGGAGAAGGAAAGGUCUGCAGUGCCUGAGUGAGAUGGAAACUUGGUGUGGUGGUCACAUUUUAUAUUUUUAGCGGCAAAAAAUAAAAGUGGAAGAAUUGCAGGCCGUAUAUCUGUGUGAUGGAUGGUAGAUUCAUUAGCAUGGGGGAAUUGAAUGUGACUACACAGCCAGUGACAGUCAGUCACUGCCUGGCCUGGCCUCUGGGCUGGCUCGCCUCAAGGUGGGCUCGGCUGAAUCUGAGACUGUGCUGCAGACAGACGUGUGUGUGUGUGUGUGUGUGUGUGUAGGACUAUAAUGUGCUGUCUGUCUUGAUUUGUGUUGGGUUUUCUAGUUGCGGUCUGCUCUCCCUCAGGCCUCUGGCCAUGUCAAAGUCACUCCACCAGAGGGAGUCCAGGAUCUCCCUGCCCCCCUGACCACUGGACGCUGCGUCACAAAUGGCAGCCUGUUCCCUUUAUAGUGCACUACUUUUUACCAGGGAACCUUUUUAUAGGGUGCCAUUUUGAAUGCAGAAACCAGCCACCUCUCCUCUCUGGUACUGGCACCUGUUUGAGGAUCUCCACCUUGCUAGGUGUCCUUUAAGUUAAAAGAAGCCGCUACAGCACUAUGCCUUGAUGGUUCAGCUAGCCAGCUCCGCGUUUGUUAUCUCCAAUCUUCUGACAGGCCACCGCUGGAUGGCUAAUUGUCUGAGUGAGCAGCUCUUUUCUGCACUGUUUGAUUUGGCUGGGUCUAAUCAAUAGGAGGCAUGCUGUGUUAAUAACACACACAGAGGUGGAGGUGGCCAGCCGGGUCUACCGCUCGCUGCUGGUCAAUACGUCUGCAGCCUGCUGGCUGCAAAUCACACUGACUGACUGACUGAGCCACAGACAGACCUCCAGGCUGAGGGGAGGUUGAGGUAACAGACAGGCAGACUUUCAACCAGACAACAGACAUAUGGACAGACAGACAGACCAGCCAAGCUCUCUCUACCACAUCCAGGACUAUAGCAGACAUAGGACUCUGUCCUUAAACACCUGCCCUAACCACAUUAUAGGCAGUACUAGGGUAUGUGGGGAUAUCAGUGGGCUGUUGUUGCUCUCAUCAGUAGGCCUUGUAUCGGUAUCCUGUCAGCUUUUACUGCUGCCUGCCAGUGAGGUAAUGCGAUUAGGCCUUGAGUGAAGCUGGACUGGAUUACUUGCGUUGGUCGCUAGCGUUAGGCCAGGAAAUGCCUCCUUUUUUGGUACUUUAUGAAAGACGCCUGUGUUCUUCUCGUUUGAUGUGGAGUGCUCAGUAACUGUGGGCUGUCUCCCUGCCUACGGUUGUGUUGGGAUAGUAAGUGGAUUUGUGUUCUUUGAAUGCAGGGAGUCCCUAAAAAGCAGGUAUUACCUGUGUGGUCCCACUCUGGUCCAGGGAGCCCAGUGUUGGCACGUGGAGUUGGGUCACUUUGGGUCGCUGCUGAGUGUUCCAACCCUUCCUCUUCUCCUGGCUCUUUGUCCCUACAUUAGAGAACUGAGGGAGAGGGGCCCUGCUCGGGCCAUUCCCCAGGCCACUCACUGUUGUUGGAAAACUGUAGUGUUUCAGGCAGAUUAAGACCUUUAUUUAAAAUAAUGAAAUAAUUUGGCAGAGAAAGAGCCUGGACUGGAACAAAGGAAUGCUUUGAACCUGUUAUGCUGUGCCUUCAAUCUGGAUGUUAAUAAAACACACACGCAUGGAUUAAGUUCUCAUCAGUAGGUCUUAGGUAUCUGUCAUUGGGGACGGAGGAGUAGGCCUACAGCUUUCUGUUUUAAAGCUGUAGCUACAACAGGAAAGCCCUGCUUUCUGAACACUCCAUUCUACACUCCCCUCCUUAUAAGGGCUUGCAUAUCAAUUUGCUUCUGAAGACCAAACGGCAUGUCUUGAGAUACAUUUUUAUUUCCACAGUUCCACUGUACACAGUGUGUAUGAAAGCAGGCUUAUUAAAGGGGGAUGGGGAAUUCUAGCUGGCUCUAAAAAUAGCCUGGCUUGUUUUUUAAAUGCAACCAAGCUUGCUUCUUUCUGUUCUGUCAGUGCUGGAGGAGCACAGUGAGGGGGCUACAUGAAACACUGAGAUUCUGGGUCGACCAGAACAUAGUCUUCUGCUGCUGCUGUAUUCAUUUUAGGAGAAUUUCAUGCCUGCCCUCUUAUAAAAGACAUCUGUUUUUUUUCUUGAAGGGAAAUGUCUAAACCUGUUCCCCAUAUCCUCUUUGUUCUCCUAGCUACCUCAUUUUCCCUCACAGCAAUAUUUCGGCUGCAAUUUGGUUUCGGUGUGUGCUGCCUGUGUAUGUGUUUGAGAGGGAGGAAGGGAGUCUCACUCGUCUAAUGCACCAAUCACGCCUCCCCUACGCUGUGCGAUGUGUGGCACAGAGACAUGCCAUGAAUAUCAAAUUUCGACAUGCUGAAAAGGGGCACGCAGACCUGUUAAGGGAAGAUGUCCUGUUGUCUGGCAGUGUUUUUACUUGAUCAGGGCGUUUGGACACUGGCAGACAGACGCUGCUUUCCUGGAGCGUAAAACAACAUCGGUGACUCCUCAGAUUUGGAUCUUGAUGGCUGUUGUCGUAGUACUGUGCUGAUUUGAUCUCUCAUCUACCUUUCUCUCUCGUUCUUUCUACUUCCUUUACUGCUUUCACUCAUCUACCCUUCUCUCGCUGUCUCUCUCCCCCCUCUUUCUUUCUCCUCUCUCUUUCUCCUCUCUCUCUCUUUCGCCUCUCAAUUCAAUUUGCUUUAUUGGCAUGACGUAACAAUGUACAUAUUGCCAAAGCUUACUUUGGAUAUUUACACUAUUAACAUAAUUAAAAUAAUAAUAAUCAAUGUUGUCAACGGGACAACAAUAACCAAGGGUCAAAAUAACCAUUUAACAAUAACAAUAUAGAGGACAUGUGCAGGUUGGUUGGUCUGUCAGACACUGUCCCUCAUCUUAUGGCAGGCAGCAAUGUAGUGCACUGCCAACCCACAGCUCUCUGCGUCCUCCCCCAACAGGACGGGUAGCCUGUUCUCAUCAGACAGGUCUUUGAAACCUUAAACUGGUUCAAAUUUGGGGAAUUGACACUAAUUGUUUUAUUUUUUACAUUUUGUCAGGAAAUGCAGCUCUGUCUUAGGUCCUGCUGUGGUGCAGUGGUUGCACAGCCUUUCCUCUACAGAGGGCCAGGUUUUCCUGUGUCUACCCUUCUCAUGGCAAGGCUGUGCUCACUGAGCCUGUACUUUGUCAAGGUUUUUCUAAGGUUUUGAUCAGUAACCAUGGUCAAAUAGUUAGCCACGGUGUACUGUCGAUUUAGGGCCAGAUAGCACUGCAUUUUACUUUGUGUGUAGUUUUGUUUUGACUGUGUUGUAAUUUAUUCUGAUUGAUUGGAUGUUCUGGUCCUGAGGCUUCAGUGUGUUAGUAUAACAGGUUUGUGAUCUCAGGACCAGGACCAGCUGGAUGAGGGGACUCUUUUCUUUGCUCAGCUCUUGGCAUUGCAGGGCUUGUUAAUGAUAUGAGAGGGGGUCACUGUAUUUGAGAUGUUUUCUAAACUGAAUUGCUCUUUUUUGAGUUUUUAUUAUUAGUGGAUAUUGGCCUAAUUCUGCCCUGCAUGCGUUGUUUGUAGUUUUCCUCUGGACAGUUUUCCUCUCUCGCUUUCUCCUCUCUCUCACUCACUUUCUCCUCGCUCUCUCCUCUCUCUCUCUCACUCUCUCUCCUCGCUUCUCCUCUUUCUUCUCUCUAACAUUUGAUAGAGAUGGCUUCCGGCCAUACUGAUAGGAAUCUACUGUAGGCUAGUACUGUGGCUAUGUGCAACACUUGGUCUAGCUAGCACAUUACGCUGGAGACACAAUAGCUUUAUUUGAUUCCGUCUCUCACAUUUUAUUAUCUCAAGGGAAGACAUUUACAUAAUAUAUUAUUUCAUAGCAAAGUUCAAUUAAGAUUCAGACACCGUCGGUCUCCCUUUGUUCUGUUGACCGUCGUUAAACAAGGGUAUCCAUUUCUCAUUUAUUUUGAAUUUCACAGUCACUCUCCAGUCCAGACUGCUUGGCAGUUUCUGACUAAAUUAAUAUUUACAUUCUCUAACACUAAAUGUGACUGUCUUUAAUUGCCUGGAUUGGAAUAUUUGACUGCUUGUUAGUACAGAGCGUACAGUCUAAUAGUGUGGAGCCUGUCUUCUGUCUCCAUGUAGGCUAUUUUUUCUUGUGUAAAGUAUGUUCAUGUCAACCAGCAGCAUGUGCGAUCAUACAUACUGCAUGAUUGCGCGACCACAUUGAUGCUGUUAAUUCCCUGACAUGCUUGUGUGUGUGUGUGUGUGUGUGUGUUGUCAGGCUAGUCUACACACUGCUGUCAUACUGGGAGCAGCAGACACAGAGAAUUCCCCACCCGCUGGUCACAGUCUCUCUCUCUCUCUCUCUCUCUCUCUCUCUCUCUCUCUCUCUCUCUCUCUCUCUCUCUCUGUUCUCUCUGUGCUCUCUCUCUCUCUCUCUGUGCUCUCUGUGCUCUCUCUCUCUCUCUCUCUCUGUGCUCUCUCUCUCUCUCUCUGUGCUCUCCCUCCUCUGUUCCUUUGUUCUCUACCUACUGUACACUCAGUUCCUGCAGAUCCAAUUUCUCUCUCUUCCUAAUUUCUCCCCCUUUUUUUCUCAUUUUCCCACAGCUUCCAGUGUCAGAGGCGACCUGUCCCUACAGGUGUCAUGUCAUAUUGUGUUCCUGUGUUCUGUUUAAGGGGGACCCCAGUCAGAAUGUGACUAGGUCUGUGACGUGUGUGGGACUGACCCAGCCCUCCCUGGGCCCAGCCCUCCCUGGCCUCUAACCUCCCUGGGCCCAGCCCUCCCUGGGCCCAGCUCUCCCUGGCCUCUAACCUCCCUGGGCCCAGCUCUCCCUGGCCUCUAACCUCCCUGGGCCCAGCUCUCCCUGUCCUCUACCCUCCCUGGGCCCAGCCCUCCCUGUCCUCUACCCUCCCUGGGCCCAGCCCUCCCUGUCCUCUACCCUCCCUGGGCCCAGCCCUCCCUGGCCUCUACCCUCCCUGGGCCCAGCCCUCCCUGUCCUCUACCCUCCCUGGGCCCAGCCCUCCCUGUCCUCUACCCUCCCUGGGCCCAGCCCUCCCUGGCCUCUACCCUCCCUGGGCCCAGCCCUCCCUGUCCUCUACCCUCCCUGGGCCCAGCCCUCCCUGUCCUCUACCCUCCCUGGGCCCAGCCCUCCCUGUUCUCUACCCUCCCUGGGCCCAGCCCUCCCUGUUCUCUACCCUCCCUGACCCUGUCAAGUUCACCCUGAGCCACAGUCACAUACCUGAUCUCCAACACAGUGGCAAACAUUAGUGAAGAUGCAGGGAGAGAAGUCAUUCCCUGACGCUGUUCAUUCCCUGCCGUGCGUGCAUGCACAUGUACAUGUGUGUGUUGUCAGGCUAGUCUACACACGGCUGUCAGACUGGGAGCCGCAGAUAUAGAGGAUUCCUCACCCGCUGGUCACAGUCUGUGGCUCUCUUCUCUCGCUCUAACUGUCACUCUUUCACUCUCCCUUCCUCUCUUGUUCUCUCUUUCGCUUUCGCACUCGCGCUUCCUCGCUCGCUCUUCCACUCCUCUCUCACUCGCUCUCUCUUCCACUCUCCUCUCUCGCUCGCUCUCCCUUUUCUCUGUGCUCUCCCUCUCCCCUCACGCUCUCCUCUGUUCCUUUGUUCUCCUCUACCUACUGUACACUCAGUUCCUGCAGAUCCAAUUUCUCUCUUCCUAAUUCCCCCCCCCCCUUUUUUCUCCUUUUCCCACAGCUACUCCCUCUCUUCCAGUGUCAGAGGCGACCUGUCCCUGCAGGUCUCAUGUCACAUUGUGUUUCUGUGUCCUGUUUAGGGGGGGGGGGACCCCAGUCAGAAUGUGACUUGUUCAGUGAUGCGUGUUGGACUGGAGCUGCCCUUCAUGGCCUCUACCCUCCCUGACCCUGUCAAAUUCAUUGCCCUCUCACCCUGACACCCCUCCCUCAUCACCCUGAGCCACAGUCACAUACCUGAGCUCCAACACGGUGGCAAACAUUAGUGAAGAUGCAGAGAGAGAGAAGUCAGUGCUUUCUAAUCCGACUGGACAGGUCCUUCGUAUGUGUGACCUCUGCCUCAGUGUUGGCAUAGUAGCAUAAUGCACUUCACAGCUCUCUCUCUCUCCACUCCUCUUCUUCCUCUCUUCCUCCUCCUCCUCCUCCUCUCCUGCUAUGUAGAGACCUCCUCUAGUUGCCGUCAUGUCUACAGUGGGUUCUGUCCUGCCCUCAGGCUGUGCUGUGCUCUGCUGCUCUGGUCUGUCCUCCUCUGAUGCUCCUCAUCAUUAAGUAGAGCGCUCGGGUCUCUGGUCAAACAGACGUCGCUUUGUGUCUGGACUAUGUGGGAAUAAAGACGCCCUGGUGGCGGAGUUCUUCUGCUCAGCCUGCUAGUUAUACUCUUCCUGCUCUCUACUGUAGCAAGAGGCAGGGAGGGGGGCCUCAGAGGGCCACUGGUAUUAGUGGGCCACAUAUAAACAUGGAGUAGGUGAGAGAGCAAAGGCCAAACCACAGAAACAAGAUCCUGGUUCAGUCUGUUGGUCCUGGGACCAUGGUUCUGUGGACUUGCGUGUGUCACUGUGAUGGUCACCCACUGCAGUGGUAGUGGACUGGACUGGAGCCUCUCUCUGUCUCUCUCUCUUCCUCUUUCGCUCGCUACCGUUCUAUCAUUCUAUCCCGCUGAUAAAGACACUCCCCAUGGAAUGUUAGUCAUUUGGCCUCCACCUCACCUCAGUUUUGUAUCUUAUGGCUCACUUGCUGCCAUUUGCUUCUUGAGGUGGUUGGACAUGCAGACUUUGAUUGAUUUAACAUGUUUGUGUGAGCCUGUGGCGUGAGCACAGCGAGAGCUGGCAGGGCAUCGAUCGACAGGCUGCCGUCGCACGUAGUGCAGGUCUGGUAGAAACACACACCCUUCUAGCACACCUGAUUAAUGCGACUGGUUGAGACAGUUAGGUGUGCUGGGGUGAGGGUGAUGCUCAUUGAGAGGCCAUCGACUUCCUCCCUUUUUUCCAUUUGUCUAUCUCACCACGUCUGACAUUGUGCAGCUGUGCAGCGAUGACUCACCCUGGAUAAAUAAGCAUCCAUACAGGCAUGUUGCUACAGUAAUGGUGGUCUUAGUGGUCCAGCUCAUGGACUUAGUGCCCUGCUUUUUCCCAGUCAUAGUAUUUCCUUCCUGCUGUGUGACAUCUCUGACUGUUUGUCCUUAUAUUCCUGUCCCCCCAGGCGGUUGUGGCGGUGUGUAUCAAAUCACAUUUUAUUGGUCACAUACACAUAUUUAGAAGAUGUUACUGCGGGUGUAGUGAAGUGUGUGUGUGUGUGUGUGUGUGUAAGUGUUUCCUCUAGAAAAAUGUGUAGCAGUGGGGGAAAAGGUCACAGCAGGGGAGGUUCAAGGGGUCCCCCCCGUAGAGUUUGUAUGUACAAGGACUGAGAAGCUCAGUUCUGGUGACUUUUUAAAAGGACAUACUCCAAAAUGAAUGAAAAUACAAUUAUGCUGACACCAUCUAAGAUAUAAUGUCCACCUCCAGAAAUGAGCCCAAUAACAUAUUAGAAAAUGAUUUGAUAAAAUAAUUUUAACAUAUUGGACCAUGCAUACAGCUAGUGAUGGGGUGAAAAAAUGUAUACAGCUACAUAUCGCGAUAUUAUUUUGUCCUAUAUAUCGUAUCGUUUUGACUAUCGCAAUAUUAUUUUUGCGCUAGUUGGCUGUACCUGCACCAAAACGCCAGUAUUUUCCCUUCAUUUAUUUAUUUAAUUUAUUUAACCUUUAUUUAACUAGGCAAGUCAGUUAAGAACAUAUUCUUAUUUACAAUGACGGCCUACCCAGACCAAACCCGGAUGAUGCUGGGACAAUUGUGCGCCGCCCUAUGGGACUCCCAAUCACGGCCGAGUUGUGAUACAUCCUGGAAUCGAACCAGGGUCUGUAGUGACGCCUCUAGCACUGAGAUGCAGUGUCUUAGACUGCUGCGCUACUCGGGAGCUUGUUCUCCAUCUUCUUUUUAAAUAGGGAGCUAAUUUGUUUUCAGCACUUUUAUUUCCAUGACUGAUCAAAAUGUCCAUGUUUUUUCUCCAUGUUUUCUCAUGGCACUCUCUUGUCCCUCUGCAACAGACAUAUGGUGAGCAAUAUGUUUGGAACAUCGAAUCGCAAUAAAGUCACAGUAUCUAAUCGCAAUACAUAUAGAAUCGUAAGAAUUGCAAUACAUAUCGUAUCGGCACCAAAGUAUCAUGAUAAUAUCGUAUCGUGAGGUCCCUGGCAAUUCCCAGCCCUACAUAUAGCCCAUCCAUAUUAUCAGGUAUGCUAUAAGCAAUAAGCUGAUGCAGCAUAGUGGCUAUAAAUAAAUAGGCAACUCCAUUUCAACUAUAUCUGCAUUUACCCUAUUGGGCUAAUCAUUAGCUAGAUCCCGAAUGUGAUCUUUUAACUAGUUAGCGUCAUAUUGAUGAAUUAUAUGUUCCAAAGAAAUUGCAUAAACACAGUGAGUAUAAUGUAGGUAUCUGUUAGGGUAACUUGGAGUAUUCCACCACCCUGCCUGUACUUCUCACAGAACCACUUAAUGUCACCAUGAUCUCCCUCUUUUUAACAAAGGCCAUUAAAACGAUUGUUUUUCCCAUGGUUGCAUUAAGCUUUGUUGUGUGUUGAUUGCUUGUUAGAAUGCAUGUUUCCCUCCCAAUGGCACUCGUAACUGGAAUACGCCUGUAGAGGAAUAGCCUAUUUCUCUCGCAUAGAACACACAACAACAACAACAACAACAAGACUAGGUAAAUAGAUGAACUAUUCUACUAUGGAGUUAUUUGGUUUUUCUAUUCAUUGUUUGCAGAGGAAAAGUCAAUGUGGACUGUUCACUGUUCUAGGAUCUUCAAAAUAUUAUUUCAUGUUCCAUAUUUCUUUCCAUUGGCGGCAAUGAUUUUGCCGUGGUGCUACUCCACAGCUAAAUGACUGCAGCGGAAACACUGCGUGUGUGUGUGUGCCCCUGCUUUGACACAGCAGAGGGCAUGGAGGCACGCCCGUGCUGUUAAUCAGCUGUACCGGGAUCAUUAGUACCGCCACUGGAUGAAUGAACUGGGGCCUGUUAUCGCCACUUGUAUCCCACACCGGAGAUGGAUGGUAGCGGAGGGGGGCCCCUGCUCCCUGCCCAGCCACCUACACCUUCCACUAGGAUGGAUUCAAACAACAUAGGCCUAUACCCAUGAGGUCUGGAGAAGAAUGUGCUGUUGUGACACUCCUUAGUCAGAAAGACAAAAUAAAAAAAGCUGUGUAGUGUGUGUGUGUGUGUGAAGGGUUGGCGUGAGGCUAGGUGGUUGGCCAUCUGUUGAGACUCCUGACUGUUCAAAUAUCUGGCACUGGUUGGCAGGGCGGUCUGAUCUGGUCUGUUUGUUCGUUACCACACAGAAGUGCCAGGGAUGUCUUUACUGAACCCAGCAGGAGACCGCUUGGCCCAGUCUGGAGCUUCACAAAGACUGAGGUGUUUCAUGUCUACGGGCUGUCUGGGAAUGAUGUAGGAAUUCCCUUGCAGAGAUUUCAUAGACUUUUGGGCCUUUGUCUGUCUGCCUCAGGAUUGGACUAGGUUAGGGCUGUCUGGGGGUACAGUACAUGGGUAAGGAACGACUGGGAGUGCUGUAUGAAAUCCCUUGCUGAGAGCUGGAAAUUGACAUACAGUGACUUGUUUGCUCCACUCUGUGCUCAGGAGUCAGGCAGUCUGCCAGGACAGGCCUUGGCUGUGGAGAGGGAGACGGUAAACACAGCACAGUCACAGGGAGGAUUCUGCUGUCUGCUACAGGUUUGGCCCGGGGACCACCACAGUCUCUCCCCCAGCAUGAAGUCAUCUCAGCCAGGGAGGCUUCUGGCUCCUAGCUAUGACACAAUGGAACCUGUGACACACUGGGAGUGAAGGGAAGGAAAGCAGUUCAGGGCAAUCAGCCUCUCAUGAUUUAUAUUGGAGGCCUGGAGACACAGCUGAAGACACUGGCCUGUGUUCAGAAUCAGAUCUGGAUACAGUCAGUGGGGAAUACGCCUGGUUAAAUCACUGUAUAGGAGCUGUUCAGUGUUCACGAAUGGAAGAUGAGGCAUUACAGAACAGAGUGGUCAGUGAGUGAACAGGCGUUCCUGGACUUGCUGGUUUUACCACUGUAUAAUUUCAGACAGGACUGGAGAGGUUUCUGUGUCCGACUCAGAUCUGGAGACAUGGCCAACUAUGGAAAACAAAGAACAAGGAAGAGUGCAGAGCAGGAAGCAGCAGCAGUGUACUACUCAGAGUGAGGUGCCCAUAAAGAAACAGGCCUCCUCUCACGCCUUUGUUUUGUUUUAGAGCGACAGAAAAUAAACAAUUUGCAUAAGCACUUUGAAAGAUGGAUGAAAUAAAAGAGAUGCUGUGUGCAUUAGCGCUGUGCCUAAAUUGCAGUGUUGGUGGUGGGUGUGUGUGUGAUGGUGUAUGGGGAGGAGGGGUGGCAGAGGGAGGGUAUCCGAACAGAGGGUGGUUAAUGAGCAGCACCCUACCACACACACCCCUAACACACACACACACACACACACACACACACACACACACACAAACACAGUACAGGGUAUACAGUGGUCUAUGACUGGAGCACAGGGCCAGAUAGGGCUGUAAAUAGAUCAACAUAAUCUUCUCCCUGCUCAGCAGCCCCUGUCUGUGUCCUCUCCACCUCUGCUCCGCUCAUCAGCAGACUCGCUCCUCGCAGCCAGGCAAGGCCAAAAAUAGCAGCACCCCACCUCGACGUCUGUGCCUCUCCUCCUCCUCCCUGAGUGUCUCACUCGCUCUCUCUCUCUCUCUCUCACACACACACACACACAACACAGUGCGAUCAGAGUCUCUCCACAGCAUGGCAAACACACUGUUUACUCCUCCUGCAUGCCACCAAACACCACUUCAUAAAUUGCUGUCCUGGCAGCAUUUCAAUAGUCUCACCCAGGACUAGCAAGAAGUAGUGUCUGAUAGAAGACAGAGCACUUUACACUAUGCUGCCCAGUUAUACUGAACAAAAAUAUAAACGCAACAUGUAAGGUGUUGGUCCCAUGUUUCAUGAACUGAAAUAAAAGAUCCCAGAAAUGUUCCAUACGCACUAAAAGCUUUCCCUCAUAUUUAGUGCACAAAUUUGUUUAUAUCCCUGUUAGUGAGCAUUUCUCCUUAGCCAAGAUAGUCCAUCCACCUGACAGGUGUGGCAUAUCAAGAAGCUAAUUAAACAGCAUGAUCAUUACACAGGUGCACCUUGUGCUGGGGACAAUAAAAGGCCACUCUAAAAUGUGCAGUUUUGUCACAUAACACAAUGCCACAGUUUUGAGGGAGCGUGCAAAUGGCAUGCUGACUGCAGGAAUGUCCACCAGAGCUGUUGCCAGAGAAUGUAAUGUUAAUUUCUCUAUCAUAAGCCGCCUCCAACAUCGUUUUAGAGAAUUUGGUAGUCUGUCCAACCUGCCUCACAACCGCAGACCACGUGUAUGGCGUUGUGUGGGCGAGUGGUUUGCUGAUUUCAACAUUGUGGACAGAGUGCCCCAUAGUGGCGGUGGGGUUAUGGUAUGGGCAGGCAUAAGCUAUGGACAACAAACUGAAUUUAAUUUUAUCCAUGGCAAUUUGAACGCACAGAGAUACCGUGACGAGAUCCAGAGGCCCAUUGUCGUGCGGUGGGACAGCAUUCCACAGACCACAAUCAACAGCCUGAUCAACUUUAUGCGUAGUGCUGCAUGAGACAAAUGGUGGUCACACCAGAUACUGACUGGUUUUCCGAUCCACGGCCCUACCUUUUUUCUUUAUUUUUUUUAAAGGUAUAUGUGACCAACGAAUGCAUAUCUGUAUUCCCAGUCAUGUAAAAUCCAUAGAUUAGGGCCUAAUGAAUGUAUUUAAAUUGAAUGAUUUCCUUAUGAAUUGUGACUUAGAGAGAUGUGAUUUAAAGUAGUCAUUCAUCUCUUUUCUUACCCCUCCUCCCUUCACCUCCUCUCAAACGAGGCUUUUCCUCUGUGUCGUGGUGCAGGAUGGCGUCUGUAGUGAACCCGCAGAACUGAACCAUCACGUGAGAUUCGACACACACACACACACACACACACACCCUCCCUCUCCCAUGGGUAAUGCUAUAUGCACGAUGUAGACUAGAGACAGGCACAGCACAUUGAUAUUCCCUCAACAUAUUCCCAUGUAUUACCCUGAGAAGUCUACUGUAAAACAAGAGACAUCCCCCCCCCCCCCAACGUUUACUGUAAAAUGUUUAGAAUGGCCCGCAUUUUUAACUCAUUAGAAGGAUGGCAGAAGGAAGGUACAGUUGAAGUCGGAAGUUUACAUACACUUAGGUUGGAGUCAUUAAAACUAGUUUUUCAACCACUCCACAAAUGUCUUGUUAACAAACUAUAGUUUUGGCAAGUUGGUUAGGACAUCUACUUUGUGCAUGACACAAGUCAUUUUUCCAACAAUUGUUUGCAGACAGAUUAUUUCACUUAUAAUUCACUGUAUCACAAUUCCAGUGGGUCAGAAGUUUACAUAUACUAAGUUGACUAUGCCUUUUAAACAGCUUGGAGAAAUGUCCUCUGGUCUGAUGAAACAAAAAUAGAACUGUUUGGCCAUAAUGACCAUCGUUAUGUUUGGAGGAAAAAGGGGGUUCUUGAAAGCCGAAGAACACCAUCCCAUCCGUGAAGCACGGGGUUGGCAGCAUCAUGCUGUGGGGGUGCUUUGCUGCAGGAGGGACUGGUGCACUUCACAAAAUAGAUGGCAUCAUGAGGAAGGAAAAUUAUGUGGAUAUAUUGAAGCAACAUCUCAAGACAUCAGUCAGGAAGUUAAAGCUUGGUCGCAAAUGGGUUUUCCAAAUGGACAAUGACCCCCAAGCAUACUUCCAAAGUUGUGGCAAAAUGGCUUAAGGACAACAAAGUCAAGGUAUUGGAGUGGCCAUCACAAAGCCCUGACCUCAAUCCUAUAGAAAAUGUGUGGGCAGAACUGAAAAAGCAUGUGCGAGCAAGGAGGCCUACAAACCUGACUCAGUUACACCAGCUCUGUCAGGAGGAAUGGGCCAAAUUUCACCCAACUUAUUGUGGGAAGCUUGUGGAAGGCUACCCAAAACAUUUGACCCAAGUUAAACAAUUUAAAGGCAAUGCUACCAAUUACAAAUUGAGUGUAUGUAAACUUCUGACCCACUGGGAAUGUGAUGAAAGAAAUAAAAGCUGAAAUAAAUCAUUCUCUCUACUAUUAUUCUGACAUUUCACAUUCUUAAAAUAAAGUGGUGAUCCUAACUGACCUAAGACAGGGAACUUUUACUAGGAUUAAAUGUCAGGAAUUGUGAAAAACUGAGUUUAAAUGUAUUUGGCUAAGGUGUAUGUAAACUUCCAACUUCAACUGUAAAUGAUGGUGCAGAUCUUGCUAAGCAAGCAGAAGCUUUAUUGAUCGACAGUAUCUUCAUGCGGCACCCAUUAGUUUGUUCCUGCCGUCCAUCCCUUCUCUCAUACCAUACAGGGCUAUGGGCAGAUGUCUGUUCAGUCAGGCCACUGGUGGGUUGGGCUAUGAUGUUCUCUCUUUUCUGCAGGUGCUCUGGCAGGGAUAGAGGGGAACUGGGACUCUGUGAAGCAGCAUGAUGGGUAGGGGCUUAGAUUUGAUGAUGCCAGGUGCAUCCCUCCCUCAGCUCAGCCAUCCCUGGUCGUUCUUACUCUCUCUUUCGCUCUCUUUCUUACUGUUUCGCUCUUUCUUUCGCUCUCCCUCUCUCGUUCUUACUCUCCUCUCUCUCUUUCUUUCUCUGUCUCUCUCUCUCUCCCCCCCCACCCUAUCCUCUCUUCUGUUGCUCCCUGCCCCCACCCUCUUCUCUCUUCUGUCACUGCCCUGCCCCCAGUGCCCUGGCAUUGAGACAGACAAUACAGGAGGCUCUCUACAGAUGUUGAGAUACCAGUGUUAGGUUUCCAUUAACCUUUCAUCUCCCCGCUAUCCUCCCUACAGUGUUAGGGAUUGGGUUCAUGACCAGGCAGAUAUGAUGUCCUCAACAUGGGUUCAGGCUGUGUUAAUGAGCCUCUCUUCCACUUUGCUCAGUUCUGUUCUCUCAACUCAUUAGAAAAUGUUGGCCUUAUUCUCUGUUACUGUAAGACACAGUUGGUAUUUUGUCCAUAAUCCACAGUCCCAAUCCCUAACCAAGUUUUGUCCAUGUUCUUUAUUACUCCAGUUAGUGCAUGCUGGCCCAGAGGCAAAAGCAGAGGGGAUGUUUCCCCCCUACAGACACCCAUCUAAGAGGGACUUGCCCUCCCCCUGCACCCCUCGCUCCCUCCCUGAUUCCCCCUCACUCCGAAACUACAUUCACCUGUGGGUUGUGCCUCAGGGCCCACAUUCUACAGAGAGGGGUUCUAUACAGCUCCACACUCUCUUGUUCUGCGUGACCCAGAGCUUCCUGUGAUCAAUCAGGUCCAGUCCAGGGAGAGCAUGAAUGGGUAUUCAUCAAGAUGGAGGGUCUGAGUGGCUUGCUGCACACACACAUGCAUGCAAACUUUCACCUUAUUAGGAGCGCUGCUGCUGCUGCUCCAUGCAGUGAGAGGGACUCCUUUAGACUGCCGUCUGGCUGGAGUGAUCCACAUGUCUGUCUGUCUGUGCCUCCGCAGACAGCAGUAGUGUACAGUAGCAGCUAGCAGGCAGGCAGCACUCUGACUGUAACUCUACAGUACUGACAGACUAGAGCUGCUGCUGUAAUGCUGAGUCAUUCAGACCCGCUGCCUGCUGCAGAUCUGGAGGAAGAGGAGACAGGGAGGGAUGGGUAGAGAGAGGAGGAGAGAUAGGGAUGUGUGGAGAGGUAGGUAGGGAGGAGUUUGGCAGAGUGGAUCAUCAUCUCUGCCUCCAUGUUCCUUCCUGUAGAUGGUCCAAUAGAGAUCGAUAGAGGACUCUAGUGCCCUGUUUUAGCAUGGACAGCGCCAUUGAGGACAUUCACCAUUUUGAAGUAGUCAACUAGGUGUGACUUCCUAUGGGUUAAGGAAGGAUCACAUAAUUCCAUCCAGGUCAUCAGGAGGGAUCAGCCAAUUAAUUAUACUUGUGAGCAAACAUUCCAGAACUGCAGGUGGCAGUAAAUCGCCAACCUGGGCUUUAUUUCUGUUCAAACAAUGCACUCCUGGUGGCAGUAUGCACUCUUUCAGUUUGUUUACCAACUCAUAGAAGUAGUAGUAGAAGAAAAUGGACUACUUCAAAAUGGAGAUGUCCUCAAUGGUGCUGACCAUGCGCUCGCAGACGCCAUAAUGGGACGGAUACAAUGUUGCGUCCUCUAUCUAACUCUAUCUAACCCUUCUCCUGGUUUGGUCCUCCCUCUCAUUCACAAAUCAAGGAGCCAUGCUCGGUCGGGUGGGCGGUCAGGAACUGACGGGUGGCUGGGGACUACUCUCUACUCAGACAGGGAGGGAGGGAGGGAGGGAGCUGACGGGUGGCUGGGGACUACUCUCUACUCAGACAGGAAGAGAGAGAGAGAGAGAGAGAACAGCCCUAGGGCCUAGACCUCAGUCAGUCACAACUCCCUCUUUCAUUUCCUCUCACUCGCUCUCACUCUGUCUCUCUCUCUCUUCCCCUGUCUCUCUCUCUCUUCCCCUCUCUCUCUCUCUCUCUCGUUCUCUCUCUCUUCCUCUCUCUUUCUGUCUAUUCCGAUCUCUCCGUCUCUUCCUCUCUCCUUACUCUCUCUUUCUCUCACUAUUUCUUACUCACUCGCUCUCCCUCUCGCUCACUCUCUCGCUCACUCUCUCUCUCUCUCUCUUUCUCUCUCUCCCUCUUUCCUCUCUCGCUCCGCACCAGCCAGCUGGAUGGAAAGAAUCACUUGUUUAUAUUUCCCCGCUGUCUGUCAGGGGAUUGUACUGCUUGCCGGCUUCCGUUACCUAGCAACUGCAGUAGCAGCUUCACCAAUGGCGUUGGCUGUGUGUGUCUCGACUGUGUUAGCUAGCAAGGCACAUACAUCCCUAUGAGAGCUCUCUCUCUCUGCCUGCCAGGGUGGCGUCCUUUGUGCUGCGUUGUGUGGCUAUCUGGCUCUCUGGGUAGUGUCAGUCACAUGAGUGGGUCAUCUCCUCACAACACACACACACACUCACACACGUUCCCAACUUUACCUAGCCUACCUCACAGCUCCUUUUGUCUGCCCUCUCCUCCCCCGACUGGCUCCAUGCCAGUCUACCUGUCAGUCUGUCUGUCCUUAGAGAAGACACACUCUCUGCCUAGUGCACUUUUCCUGCCUUGACUGUCUGUUUCUCUGUGGUGGUGAAAGGAUUGGAUGUCAGAUGGGGCCGUUCUAUGUAGACGUGAAGGGUUAUUUAUCGGUCUGGUCUACUAGGUUUGUGUUGAUGCCUGUGUGUUGAAAGCAAUUCACAUGCCGCGUUGUUUGCCACUGUUGUCUAUAAGAGGUUUCCCUAGAGAGCUGCUUUCUCUUGGUUGGCGCUGUCUGUUUGCCCUCACCAACCUCACGAUGACAUUGGUAGUUGUGGUGUCCAACACUGUCAGUUUCUCUGUAUAUUUGCACCACUUCCUGUUUCACCCCCUGCAUGGUUGCAGAGAUAUCUAGAUGUUGUUUUUGUGUAGGCUGUUUUCUCUACAGUAAUACUCCAUGCCAUCGGUCCAGAUUCAACAAUUGGGCCCAGGAAACUGCGGAAUGCAGCAGCAUUGCACUGCACAGCAUCUGUCACGCCACGGGCAGGGCCAGGCUGGGGAGACUACAGUGCCCCAAAAAAAGUCCAUUACCAAAAACACCCCUGCCCACCGCCCUUCCUCAAUUCCCCUACAAAUGGUGAUAAUGAGGGCAUGUGCGCAUGCGUGGGUGCCUAGCAGACAGAUGGGGCUGACGUGUGGGAUGGUAACUCUAUACUGCCUCCUCCUUCUGUCAGUCCUACUGUCUCAUCUGGUCUGCAUGGUCCCUAGUCCCUUCCCACAGCCACAUGGCUCCUAUUCUUAAAAUAGAGUAGGAUAGUAUCAUAUUACAUAUUUGAUAUUAGGUGUGGAAUACUAGUCUCUUGCAGUGCACUUCCUCCCUUAGCUAGCCUGGUGACGAGGUUAGGCCUGCAAUAGGACCGUCAGUCAGCCAGUGAGAUCUAGCUGGCUUGGCUUCCUUUUGGUGCUUUUAGUUUUUUAUAUAUAUUUUUUUACACUACACGACUUCAUGAUGACCUCAUUCCACAUCAGUCUGUCCCCCCCGCUCCCUCCCUCAUGGAGACAGUCCCCCGUCUGCUAUCCUGUUGGUUAUUUAGCUAAUGGCCUGCUUUACAUUUUGGUGGCGUGCACUCAUGAUUCAAGGCUCCUUUACAGACCUUUGUUGUUUUCAUCAGUCUGUCUGAGCUGGGCUGGAUGGCGGCGUUUGUCUUCCAGUGGUUGGAAAGUGUGUACAAGCUGUUUUAUUGGACUCCCUCCUCCCUUUCUCCCCUCAGUAGAGAGGCCAAUCUAUCUCCAUUGUGUGCAUGUCUAGUUUUAAUAGUAUCUUAGUCAAAUCAGUCAUGUCACUGGCAGACUGCAUUACCGGCUGUAAAUAUGUUGUUUAAAGUGAGCAUGCUUUGCUUUUUGGUAAAUUAACUAUAAGAGUCUGGCUACUACUUGAAUUAGUUUUAUAUCACUGUAUAAUGCGGAGUGGCUUUGUGUUUUGACUCUGUGCCAGUUUUAAAUGUGUUACUAUGGGUUGAGGUAACCAACUUUGAGUUUGACACAGCAGCUCUGCCACAUGAACACAAACCCUCUGUCUAAAGGACAAGGCGGACCAACACGAACGUCGGCCGUGCACAGCGGGUGGCCAUCCUAUCGCCUCUGACCACAGAAUAUUGUUUGUUAAUUUCCGGAUGAUUCUACAUGGUGAAUAAAGGAUUAGCCUACCACUGUCUCAACCAGACUCUCUCUCUCUAUCCUCUCUCAGGUCAGAAGACCUGUCUCCACCUCCAUGGCAUCUUCCCCUACCUCUAUGUGCCCUACGAUGGCUACGGGCAACAGGCAGAGCGCUACCUGCGUCAGGUGGCCUUCAGCAUCGACAGGGCACUUAACGUGUCCAUGGGAAAUCCCUCCUCCAACACACAGCACGUCUUCAAGGUGGCACUGGUCUCCGGCAUGUAAGUCCCGCUCUUUUAGAUAGAUCACUGUUCCUUAGUAGGGUCACUCAUUACAAUGCAGAGGCUCUUUCUCUAUUUGUUUUCCCUCACAUCCUAUUUUCUCACCUCCUUCUCAAACCUCAUUGGAGGAGAUGACCCAAGGUUCCUCCCCUAGGGCAUUCUCCCCCUAUGGGUUUUGAGUAGGAGGCGAGGAGAGAAGACACGAGGAAUCAAGAAAAGACAAAUUGAGAAAGGGACAGAGUCUGAAGGAUCACAUGUUCAUGUUAGAAGGUGAAUGGUAGGUGAAGUCUGUACUUAGUAUUGUGUUGUUUUCCCAAGAGGUUCUUCUGAUGGUGUUCUCUCUCUCCCCCCCCCCCCCCCCCCCCCCCCCCCCCCACCCCCCACUCCACAGGCCUUUUUAUGGAUACCAUGCCAAGGAGAGGAAGUUUAUGAAGAUCUAUCUGUACAAUCCUCAGAUGGUCAAAAGGUGUGGAGGGUGUUCUACUGUUUUUGCCUUAGCUUGCAUUUCUCACCGGUCUGUGUGUUUUGGUUUGAGCUGUAAUAGCCUAUAUCUUAACAUUCACCCUGUGUUUCUGUUGUUGGAGAGGGGUAUGCUCUCUGUCUGUAGGCUAGACUGUGUGCACAUGACUAUGAUGCUCAUUCUGCUGAUAUUGAUCGACCUGCUUAUGUAGUACAGUGCUCUCGCGGUGUGUGUGUUUUAGAUAGAUUGUGUGUGCGUGUGCGUGUGCGUUGAGACGGAGAGACAGAACGACUGUGUGUGUGAGACAAAGCGAGUACGUGUCUGUUUUGUGUAAGUGUGUGUGUGUGUGGCUGUUAUUUAGCUGCUGAAGCCAUCAGUCACUGUGAGUGGAGUCGUGCUGCUGCACUGAUACUGAGAGAAGGGACAGAGGAGAGCAAGAGACUGAUACGGAGGAAGGAGAGAGAGAGAGAGACCGAGAGGGAGGGAGGGAGCGAGGGGAGAGAGCGAGACAGACUAACUGGCACACUGUCUGCUCCCAGCCUGACUGACUGUUAUGAGCCCCUGUCUUGUUCCAGAUCAAUCACUCAAUCAAUCAGCUCUCUCUCUCCGCUCUGACCUUUAAAGGGGAACUGUCAAUGUGAUCUACAUUAUUAUUAUGGAUAUAGGACUGACAAAGACUGGCUGGAAGUUUGAAGUUUGAAAAGUACCCCCUAGAAAAAUGAAUGAAAGCAUAUCAGCUAUGGAAUGAAUGCCUCUCCGACUCGAUCUCAGUUUCUUUUUGGAACACAUAGCUUUUUCUGUACGCAAAGUACAUUUCUAUGAGUAGCAUACAAUAAUAUACACUACCGUUCAAAAGUUUGGGGUCCACUUAGAAAGGUCCUUGUUUUCCAUGAAAACAUACAUGAAAUUAGUUUGAAUAGGAAAUAUAGCAAAAUGCAUAGGAAAUGUAGUCAUUGACAAGGUUAGAAAUAAUGAUUUUUAAUGGAAAUAAUAAUUGUGUCCUUCAAACUUUGCUUUCGUCAAAGAAUCCCUCAUUUGCAGCAAUUACGGCCUUGCAGACCUUUGACAUUUUAGUUGUCAAUUUGUUGAGGUAAUCUGAAGAGAUUUCACCCCAUGAUUCCUGAAGCACCUCCCACAAGUUGGAUUGGCUUGAUGGGCACUUCUUACAUACCAUACGGUCAAGCUGCUCCCACAACAGCUCAAUAGGGUUGAGAUCCGGUGACUGUGCUGGCCACUCCAUUAUAGACAGAAUACCAGCUGACUGCUUCGUCCCUAAAUAGUUAUUGCAUAGUUUGGAGCUGUGCUUUGGGUCAUUGUCCUGUUGUAGGAGGAAAUUGGCUCCAAUCAAGCGCCGUCCACAGGGUAUGGCAUGGCGUUGCAAAAUGGAGUGAUAGCCUUCCUUUUUCAAGAUCCCUUUUACCCUGUACAUAUCUCCCACUUUACCACCACCAAAGCCCCCCCAGACCAUCACAUUGCCUCCACCAUGCUUGACAGAUGGCAUCAAGCACUCCUCCAGCAUCUUUUCAUUUGGUCUGCGUCUCACAAAUGUUCUUCUUUGUGAUCCGAACACCUCAAACUUUGAUUCGUCCAUAACACUUUUUUCCAAUCUUCCUCUGUCCAGUGUCUGUGUUGUUUUGCCCAUCUUAAUCUUUUCUUUUUAUUAGCCAGUCUGAGAUAUGGCUUUUUCUUUGCAACUCUACCUAGAAGGUCAGCAUCCCGGAGUCGCCUCUUCACUGUUGACGUUGAGACUGGUGUUUUGCGGGUACUAUUUAUUUAAUGAAGCUGCCAGUUGAGGAUUUGUGAGGCGCCUGUUUCUCAAACUAGACACUGUAUUUGUCCUCUUGCUCAGUUGUGCACCGGGGCCUCCCACUCCUCUUUCUAUUCUGGUUAGAGCCAGUUUGCGCUGUUCUGUGAAUGGACUAGUACACAGCAUUGUACGAGAUCUUCAGUUUCUUGGCAAUUUCUCAGAACAAGAAUAGACUGACGAGUUUCUGAAGAAAGUUAUUUGUUUCUGGCCAUUUUGAGCCUGUAAUCUAACCCACAAUUGCUGAUGCUCCAUAUAUAUAUAUAUUUUGGGAUUUUACCUUUAUUUAACUAGGCAAGUCAGUUAAGAACAAAUUCUUAUUUACAAUGACGGCCUACACCGGCCAAACCCGGACGACGCUGGGCCAAUUGUGCGCCGCCCUAUGGGACUCCCAAUCACGGCCGGUUGUGAUACAGCCUGGAAUCGAACCAGGGGGUCUGUAGUGACGCCUCAAGCACUGAGAUGCAGUGCCUUAGACCGCUGCGCCACUCGGGAGCCAGAUACUCAACUAGUCUCAAGAAGGCCAGUUUUAUUGCUUCUUUAAUCAGCACAACCGUUUUCAUCUGUGCUAACAUAAUUGCAAAAGGGUUUUCUAAUGAUCAAUUAGCCUUUUAAAAUUAUAAACAUGGAUUAGCAAACACAACGUGCCAUUGGAACACAGGACUGAUGGUUGUUGAUAAUGGGCCUCUGUACGCCUAUGUAGAUCUUCCAUAAAAAAUCAGCCGUUUCCAGCUACACUAGUGAUUUACAACGUUAACAAUGUCUACACUGUAUUUCGGAUCAAUUUUAUGUUAUUUAAUGGACAAAAAAAUUGCUUUUCUUUUGAAAACAAGGACAUUUCUAAGUGACCCCAAACUUUUGAACGGUAGUGUAUAUCUUAUCUAAUGUGAAACACUGUGUGUGUGUGUGGUUCCAGGGUGUGUGAGCUGUUACAAGGAGGUGCUGUGAUGAACAAAAGCUACCAACCCCACGAGGCCCACAUCCCCUACCUACUGCAGCUGUUCAUCGACUACAACCUGUACGGCAUGAACCUCAUCAACCUGGGAGCUUUCAAGUUCCGCCGGAGCCAGCAGUGCAAAGGUAAGCGAUGGGCAGUAACGGAGUAGGAUGCUAGGAACCUUGUCACAAACCUGUGACCUGGCUGGACUUAAUCAUGUGCCUAUGUGGUGGUGUUGUGGGACACACCUUUUGUCUCCCCCUUUGUCUUUGUCAAACCGUUAUGGGUACUGUUAAUGUGGUUGAGGGGUGUGCAAUAUGCCCAGUCUUAUCAGGCUAGAGCUAUGACUGGGCAUACUGGCUCUGUGGGGAGGCUGUAUGAGAGGGAGAGCUGCCAUGCUUUGUUAUGCUGUAUUAGUAGUGUUUUUUUACAUUGGCCUUGAGAUGCUUUGGCAGCCUCGCUCUCUCUCUCUCUCACUCACACACACACACCUUAUCCUCCUAAUGUAUCCUGGUCAGUGUGUCCUUUUGUAAAGAGUGGCUAGCAGAUAGCAGAUUUACAAAGACCUGGCAGUAUAGAAAAGGCUUUCCAUAAAAAAGGUGGACUUCUACAAAGAUGACACCUCACCAACACACAGAAGAGCUUACAGCAGAAGGGAAGAAAAGAGUGUGAGAAAAGACUGGAAGCAAUGGGGUCCGUGGCAGACUAGAGGAAUAACUUGGUUCUCCUAGAAGCCCGUAGCAUUCUGGAACACUGCAAGCCUGUUGAACAUACCUAACAAAAAGUAAUGGUAGACAGAAGAUCCAGGAUAGAACGCUAGACCCUGUCCAGGAGCCUGAAGCACAUUCCUGGUACUGCUGCUCUGCACCUCUUUUUCACUGAGUUGGAUAAACACCCUGCCAUCAAUCUAGAGGAAUGAACAGUAAGCGCUUGGAUGUGGAUCGGUUUACUUCUGACCUGUUGAACUCGUCUGUUCAUUGAACUUGCACUGUACACAGCUGUUUAGUAUUAAUAUUACCCCCCACAUCACCUCUGCUCACCUCCAGUGAGAAUGAUCAUGUUGAGACUGUAGGGUUGAGGGCCGUGGCGGUCAGAUGGACAUAGAUUCCCUUUUCCUCCCUUCAUCCCAGGACAUGAACCUGUGAAUCACUAGGCCCCUCACAGUAGGAGGGAGAGAGUGGUAGAAAAGGGGAGGUUUCACAGUGGGAGUGGAGGAGCAGGAAUGUUUCCCUCAGAUCUGAUAGUUGAACUUGGCCGUGGCUUCACACUCCUCUACACCCUUUCUCUCCUGCCUGGUGGCUGGGAAUAAAGCGGCAGAUAGGCCUUUUUCUGUUUGAUCUUGACUAAGGCUUACUAAGCGCUAAUCCUGGGCCGUGUUGAGCCGAGAUGGGACAGGUAUCUCCGCUCUGCAGUGCUCUUCAUGCCUGAGCGAGUCUCCUGGGCCAGGGGAGGCAGAACCCAGCAUGACACUACCACGCAUGGAAGGGUUAAUGAAUAGGCCAGGAAAUCCCCCCUGCUUCAGAUUAACAGGUUCUUAACAAUGUUCACGCAACAAUCUCCCCAGACAAAGAGAGGGCCACCUCUGGAUUUGACACAAUCAAUGGAAAAUGGGUUGCAAAGAACAAAAAAAGUACAAAGGGACUAAAACUCUGAUAAUAAUGUACACCUGUUUAGGUUCUUCUUUGUAUAACACCUAAUUGAAAGUGAGUUUGUAAUCUGGGAUCAAGUGAAGAGGAUGACAAAAGAACUGGGAUUUGAAAAACCUGUUUAGAAAGUUGUGUAGAUCCAAAUAAAUUGGAAAUACUGAGCUGGCAUGCUUUUCUUUUGCAUUUUGCUUUAUGUUGAAGACACAAUGUCUGUGGUCUGUUUUAGCGCAAAAAAAACAUCAGAUUGGGCUUCCAACACAUGACUUACAUGUUUUUGUCUGUGUGUGUGUGUCUAUUAAACAGAGGGGUUUCCCCCAGAUCGCCAGGGCUUCAGCAGCAGGCCCAGCACCAGCCCCUUAAAGAGCCCCUGUACCUCCAAACUGAGUGACAGUACCCUGGGAGGCACGUUUGUCCGCUGGGAGGAGGAUGCCAUACCCUGGUGAGCCACACCUGCACAGACAGGCUCCAAUUACAUGUUGUGGGCCAAUACGGUGUUGGGUUUUUAGGUCUUGUUUGUACAUGCCUGUUUUUCUGACCACUUUUGAUCAGAGCCCUAUGUGAAUUAGUAAACUCCUGGUGAAUAGGGUGUCAUUUGAGACUUGCCAACUGUGUGUAAUGUGUAUCCAUGUUGUGUGCUUACCUCUUGCUCUCCGUCUCUCUCUCAAUCUGUAUUUUCUCCUUCUCCAUUUCUCUCCAUUCCCCACCCCCCCCUAUCUCUCUUGCUCUCUCUGAUGCAGUUCUCUGGUUCUGGAUGUUGAGAAACAGAGCACGUGUGAGCUGGAAGCGGAUGCUGUGGCUGUAGACAUCCUCAACCGUCUGGAGAUAGAGAGUAAGACAACGAGAAACUCAAACAACAUCUUUUAGUCAUAGAUAAAACCGCGAGUCAGACAGUCCGGCAGACACAUAAGGAGAGACUAAGGGAAGAGGAUGGCUACUGACUCAACUGCUCUGACUACGCAACACAGUUGAGCAAUGAAGGCCUUUCUACAGCAAACAUGCGUCUCAAAUGUCACCCUAUUCCCUAUAGUGCACUACUUUUGACCAGAGUCCUAUAAAAGGAAUAGGGUUCCAUUUGGGACCCCUGCCUAUGUAACACAGAUGAGCGACGGAGGCCUUCUCCAGAUCAAACAGUGUCUGUCUCUCACCCCACUGCCAGGUUCCUGCUCUCCAGCACAUCAGAGCAUUAGAUCCGUGACCACCCGGCCCAAAACAAACACUGUCCACUCACCCUGUCUCUCUGUAGUGUUGUCUGCCUCAGACCUUCUGUUAGGGGGAGGAAAGAGGGAGGGAGGGAGAGAGAGAAGUGGAAACAGAGGGGGGGAGAGAGAGAAGGGUAAACAGAGGGAGGAGGGAAAGGGAAACGGGGGGUGCAGGAUGGAAGAGCAGAUUGAACUGGGAACAUAAAGCAAAAAGAGAACAUUGUGUUAAAAACAUGCAGAGUCUCUGUGAAUAUGCAUCUGCCAUUAGAAUGUGUUCCCAGACCUCAAAAUAUCUCAAUUCAGUAUGAACUAUUUCCACAGCCUUUCUGCUAUUCGUGAUAAAUGUUAGGAACAGAAUGACACAGCAGAAACAAAGUGCUUGGAUGUGUUUUAGAUUAGCUGUGCUCAGAGUACGGCGUGUGGGACACACACACACACACACACACACACACUUAUCUGGCAGAAAGGGGGGGCACACCAGGGCAGUCCACAUAUGUGCCUUCAGCAAGUAGAUUUUCCAUCUGCCCCAAAAACAGAAAUACAAACUCUCUGUUGAAAAGUAAACGGUUUGAGGAAUGAUUCUGAUUUUGAGCUCUUGUACAGUUUUGAGUGGUUUGAAACAAAGGCCCUCAUUCAACUGACUUGAUGGGAUAGAGUGGGAAAUGCAGAGGCCCUCAUUCAACCAACUGAUCUAUGCUGACACUGUGUGUGUGUUUAGAUCAGAUUGGCAGGAACCCUGGCUUGCAGGCCAUCUGGGAGGAUGAGAAGCAGAGACGACGAGAGAAGAACCAGUCAUCUCAGAUGGAGACGCCACAGUCACAGGGUGAGUGAACCAAUAAUCUCAGAUGGAGACCCUACAGUCACAGGGUGAGUGAACCAGUCAUCUCAGAUGGAGACCCCACAGUCACAGGGUGAGUGAACCAGUCAUCUCAGAUGGAGACCCCACAGUCACAGGGUGAGUGAACCAGUCAUCUCAGAUGGAGACCCCACAGUCACAGGGUGAGUGAACCAGUCAUCUCAGAUGGAGACCCCACAGUCACAGGGUGAGUGAACCAGUCAUCUCAGAUGGAGACCCCACAGUCACAGGGUGAGUGAACCAGUCAUCUCAGAUGGAGACCCCACAGUCACAGGGUGAGUGAACCAGUCAUCUCAGAUGGAGACCCCACAGUCACAGGGUGAGUGACUGACCGCUAAAUACAUCCUCACAGCCCAUUCCUCCAUUAGUCAACACCACAGUCAAAUAUCUAGCAGGUCUACCUACAUGCAUAUUGACUGAAUAUAAAGGAAACUGCCAAAAUAAUGGAAACACAAACAUAGUGUCCACGAGCCAGAACAGCUUCAAUGCACAUUGGCAUAGAUUUUAAAGUGUCUGGAACUCUAUUGGAGGGAUACGACACCAUUCUUCCACGAGAAAUUCCAUAAUUUGCCAUUUUGUUGACGGUGGUGGGAAAAACGCUUUCUCAGGCAACUCCAGAAUCUCCCAUAAGUGUUCAAUUGAGUUGAGCUCUGGUGACUGAGACCGCCAUGGCAUAUAAUUUACAUUGUUUUCAUGCUCAUCUAUCCAUUCAGUGACCACUUGUGCCCAGUGGAUGGGGGCCUUGUCAUCCUGGAAGAGACCCCUCACAUUAGGAUAGAAAUGCUUCACCAUAGGUUGAAGGUGAUCACUGAAAAUGGCUGUUUAUUUAUUGGCAUUUGCCUUGCCAUCUAAGGGGUUGAGUGGACCUAAACCAGGGUUUUCCAACAGGUAGAUCAUGAGCUACCAGUAGCUCGCAGCCCGUCUAUGAGUAGCUAGCCAGUCAUUUUGAAAGUACAUGCAUUUUUCCAACACAAACUGUCCCGAGCCGACUAGGUGAAAAAUCUAUCGAUGUGCCCUUGAGCAAGGCACUUAACCCUAAUUGCUCCUGUAAGUCGCUCUGGAUAAGAGCGUCUGCUAAAUGACUCAAAUGUAAAUGUAAUAAACAUAAAGCUCACAGCUAAUAUCGAAUCAAAGCCACAUUGACAUCUUGUUUUAAGUAUGAUUAGUACUUUCUUAGUAGUGACUAAUUAUUACACUCUGAAACUCCUCUGUAGCUCAGCUGGUAGAGCACGGCGCUUGUAACGCCAAGGUAGUGGGUUCAAUCCCCGGGACCACCCAUACACCAAAAAUGUAUGCACGCAUGACUGUAAGUCGCUUUGGAUAAAAAAGCGUCUGCUAAAUGGCAUAUUAUUAUAUUUAUUAUAAACUGUGCGAGAUGUGUUUAGAAUCUACUACCUGGUAAUGUGUGAGUGUAGGACCAGUAAAGAUUAUGACAUUGUGUUACUAUUUAGCAAUGUGAGUAAGAGGUAGGCCAGACACCAAAGGACAAGGAGAACUGUCUACAGGCAACUGAGAAACCAAGAUAACUGAGGAAUUUAGGGAGGAGAGAAACUGUUAGGCUUGGAAGUGUGUGUGUGUGUGUGUGUGUGUGUGUGUGUGUACUGAUGGUCAGGAGAGCAGUUUUAAAGUGGAAAACUACAGCCCGCCUACAGAGAGGAGGGAUUUUCGUAUGACGUGUGCGUAUAAAAAUAUUGUACGACCAUUUUGUGGCAGAAUUCUCAAUGAAUAAACAUCUCUGACUAUGCAGAUCGGGACUCUGUCCGUUUCUUCAUUUUGGGAGACGCACAGAGACACUGAAAUAGUUUGUUAAAUAAUUCACAUAACAGCUUACCUGACAUAACUAUAAAUCAUGAUUAUUUGUUUAAUUUGGGUGGCCGUUGUUUUGCUAACUCUGCCAUGACAUGCUCUGCAGCAGUAGGCCUAACAGCAGAAACAUCGCUAGACAGACACAUUCCUCUCUUGCUAGAUGCAAUUCAAGGGGAAUUACACUUUUUCCAGACCUAAUAUUUUUUAUUUUGGUGUGAUUUAAGCAUUGACAUGGACUCAGAACAUCAAUUUGUGUUGUUACUCUAUGGAUAGUUGGAAUAUUGAGUAGAAAACAUAAAAAAAUGUAACAGAGAACCAAAUAUAAUUUUAUGGGGCCUGUCAUGCCAAAUACUGUUUAUUAACCAUUUAUUUUACCAGAUAUAUUGACAGAAAACACAUCUCUUAUAUACCAAAGACCCGGGGAAGAGUUGCAGAACAAAGAGUAGCUUGGGUUAUGUUUAAUUUUUUCAAAGUAGCUCUCAUGCUCGAAAAAGUUGGAGACUCCUGACCUAAACCAUGCCAGGAAAAUGCACCCCACACCACAACAGAACCACCAGAACCCUAAUUUACUCAAGUGUUUCUAUCAUUGUUGCAGUUACCUGUAGGUCUAUGCCAGUGGAGGCUGCUGAGGUGAGGACGGCUCAUAAUAAUGGCUGGAAUGGAAAGGCAUCAAACACAUGGAAACCACGUUUGAUGUAUUCGAUACCAUUCCACCUAUUCCACUCCAGCCAUUAGCAUGAGCCCAUCCUCCCCAAUUAAGGUGCCACCAACCUCCAGUGGUCUAUGCCCCAUAUUAUGUGCCAUCUGCUUGUUGGAACAUGCUCAAGGUGAGCUGAGGUAAUUAAUAAUCUAGGAUUGUCUCUGUCACGAAUCUUACUGCCGUCCCAUGUGCAUCACACAUACAUCAAAGUGUAAGAAUUGAACCUCUGCCUGCGUUUGAUGCUCCUCCAGAUCGUGGGUUUGUCGCCUCGACGGAGAGCGAGAGAAUCUUCAUGAAGAGAUUCAAGGAGAUCCUGAAGGAAAAUGAGUUUGAUGUGUAAGUACCAACUUUCACCUUCAAGCGUGCUGUCUUUAAGCGGGGGAAUGGCUCACCAUGGAGUUUCCCACAGUCUUUAGGGUAACUUGACUGUUAGUCAUCGUUGGACAAACAGUUGCUCCACAUUGCGUAAGUGGAUGGCUGUGCUUUGUUUGGUUUUGGAAGUUUAGAGAGGGUGCGGCAGGGGUGGUCUUUGAGAGUAAACAUCUGCUGCUUUCAAGACAAGAUGUCUACCGCCGGAGAACACAUAAGUUGCGUUUCGAGAGAAUCUACAUCUGGUCUGUCUUUCAUUCUUUAUGUUAAAACGGCUACUUAUCUUCCCCAUACCCUUUUGGUUAGUGUAUUACUGUCUUUGUCUAUAUGAGAUGGUGACUGCAUGCCUCUUCCUGGUUCAUCUCAAAACCGUCAGUGGCUGGGCCAGAGAGGAGGAUGGAGGGAGGGAGGGGGUUAGUCAAGGGUUGAUGGGGCCAUUGCUGUCUAAUAUCCCAGGGCUCUCCCUGCUCCCCCUCCUUGCUGAGCAGAAAGAAUUUCCUGUUAUAAAUAAAAGUACAGUUGGCCCGGUGUGUGCUGUUACAUCAGGCCCAGAUGGCUCCUACUCACAAAGCUAAGUUGAUACCAAUGGGAAGAAAGCAGGGGAGGAGAGUGAAACGGCUCUAUCAAAGGCAAGGCCAGGCCAUUAUGGGAGCAGUUUGGGCCCUGGCACAGGAACCCGUUUCCUCUCACGUGAUGGAGCUGUGGCUUGGCAGCACUGUGCCACACACACACCCACACCCAGAUGACAACUCUCACUGGCUGGCGUGCUCUCUCUCUCUCUGUCUCUGUGUCUCUCUCUCUCUCUCGCUCUCGCUCUGUCUCUCUCUCUGUCUGUCUCUCGCUCUGUCUGUCCUGUCUCUCUCUGUGUCUCUGUCUGUCUCUGUCUGUCUGUGUCUGUCUGUCUGUCUGUCUCUCUCUCUCUCUGUCUGUCUGUGUCUCUCUCUGUCUGUCUGUCUCUGUGUCUCUCUUUCUGUCUCUCUCUGUGUCUCUGUCUGUCUGUCUCUGUCUGUCUGUCUGGCUCGCUCGCUCGCUCGCUCUCUGUCUGUGUCUGUCUGUCUCUCUGUCUGUCUCUGUCUCUCUUCUCUUGUACGUCUAAAGGUUUCCACUACUCUCUUAUGUACUUUUUAAAAAGCUAUUAUUUAGUUGCUUUCUUGCUCACCUCUCUCUCUCUCUCUGAUUGUUACCAGGCAGGCAGGCAGGCAGGCUGUACUGUACUAUACUGUAGUAAGUACAGCAGAGCAGAGAUGGCGGAGGAGAGGAGGCGGAGUUGGGAUCUGAAAUGUUUUAAUCGCUGCAGGAAUCUCCUGGCACCUGCUGGGCUCCCCCCUUUAGCCACCAAAGUCAUUAGCAACGAGACUAAUUAACACAGAUUGAGACAGUCGUGCGCACACAGGCCCGUCUCUGGAGCCACUCUGCUCUCCUUCAUCCGCCCACAAUAUGAAAUAAGACAUACAGAAUAGAAUAUUAAAUUAUUGUUUGGGGGGGGGAAGGAACUAGUACCUUCAUUGCUUGUUCCACCUUGCAUAUUUUUCAAUAUUUUGUUGAGUUGAUAAGUAGUGAGUUGCUAAGCAAUGCAGGGGUGCAGCACGGGACAAAGCGGAUGGCAGAACCUGAUAGGCAGAGGCAUCUGGAGGAGAGCCCAAAGUACUGCUGGCCAUCUGCCAGCUUUCCAUUCAUACCUCCUACACACACAACACACACCACACACACACUCUCUCUCUCUCUCUGUGUGUCUCUUUCUCUCUAUCACACACACACUCUUGUCUCUCUCUUUUCUGUCUCUCGCACUCGUUCUCCUUCUCUCUCACUCUCACACACACACACACACACACACACACACUGCAGCCAUAUCUCCUGAUUAAGACAAUAAGGAAUGCUAAUAAAACAUGACUGCUGCAGCGUGUGGUCCCAGGGACCCCAUCUAUGACUCAAGUAAUAACCUUAGCAAUGACAUGCCCACUACAGUCUCCCUUUGAACUGUCUUAUCCCUCUUUAAAUAGGACUCAGUCUGGGUCUGUGGAUGACACGGCAGAGGAGCAGGAUCAAUCCCCAGCUGAACUGUCUCUACACCCUGAUGUCCUGACACCAGAGCUGCUGCAGUGUUCACCAGCCAACCUGGUAGAGGUGCAUAGAGACUCCCAGACAGGUGAGAGCAAAGCGUCUCCGUCUGCCCACUGGCCCUCUGCCAGUCUAGACAGUAAGGGGGAUGUGACAUCAAUAUUCAUCCCAGUUCUCCCAACCGACUGGCCCUCUGCUAGUCUGUCUGAAUGCCAGAGAAGGUGGAUCGACAUUCGUCCUAAUUAUAUCCUAUCACUCCGACUGUGACUGAAUUUCAAGUGUUGAUCUACAUUAGCCUAAUCUUCUCGCUCAGUCUGCCAAGUCUCCCGUUGGACCAAUGGAAAUGCUAGGGAAGCAAGGCGACUGGCACACACAGAGACAGAAUGGAGUACGUCUGGGCCUCAUGCUGAACCACUCACUGUUCUGUGUCCCAAAUGGCACCCUAUUCCCUAUACAGUGUACUACUUUUGACCAGGGCCCCAUAGGGCUCUAGUCAAAAGUAGUGCCCUAUGUAGGGAAUAGGCUGCUAUUUGGGACACGUGCACUCUGUUUCUCAGUAAUGAUAACCUCCUCUCUCCCUCCACUCAGACACUAAAAGAAGCCGUGGUAAAGACCAGGAGGAGGCCAUUGUGGAUGAGGAGGCCAUUCUGAGUCUGUUGGAGAGCAGUCAGACCUUCCUCCCCCUCUCCCAUAAAUCCAACCACUCACCCAUACUAGGUAGGCAAACAUACUGCAAUGGUGUUCAUUUGGAGUUUAUCCUACUGAUCUUAUGGCAUUUUUAAAAAUCUGCUUUUAAUCAACAUGUUGUUUAUAUAGCAUCGCCAAUGCCAGGUAUUUUUUUCCUGACCACAUGACCUGACCAGGAUAAACUCUGGGCCCUAGUUAUAACUCCAGGCCAUAAGCAGAGCAUCCAAGUCUGGAGUUGAGUGACCUCAGAGGGGUUUCUGUGUGUGUGUGUUGCAGACAGCAGCCAGGACCAUGCCAUGGUGGACCUGCUGGCAGGCCUGGAGGAUGAUGGGUAUCGGGCGGCCCCUAUGAGGCAGAACUCCCAGCAUUCCCUGCCCGGGGGAGGGAGUGCUCACUACAACAGUGACGAUGAGGAGGAGGGGCCAGAGCUAGAGAGGGAGGAGGCAGAACUCAGUCUGAUGAUGUCACAGAGAUGGGACAGCGACCUUGCAGAACAGUCUUCUAGACGGAGGUGACUAAUUUCUUAUUUUCUUUCUUUACCUUGUACUUCUUUGCCUUGCUCAAUAUUAACUUAUUAAUUAUGAGUUUCAUAUUAACUCAAUAAAAACACCUAAUUACAUAAUUCUUCUUGUUUCUUGUGUUGUCACUGAAUUCACAUAAUGGUAAACAGUAAACACUUUUUGCAGUCAGAUGAAGGUCACCUGCAGUGAGCCGUGACUGAAUAGUUUAAGCGAUGCCUCAUUGUUAAAUCAAUGUCUCUGUUAUCUCCCUCCGUAGACCUGGUGUGACGGAUGCAGAAGAGAGCUUCAGUGACGAGCCCCAGGACUCCUCAGAUGAGGAGAUGGAAUGGAGCGGGAACAACUCUCUCUUUGCCAACCUGUCCAUUCCUCAGCUGGAUGGUGCUGCGGAUGAGAACAGUGGUGAGUUAUAAGAACAUAAUAUAGAUGAUAAACUACAGAUAAGACAUAUCUCAUUGACUCCUGCCUUACAUUCCUGUCACGGUAUUGAGAUGUUUUAUUUCCUCUGUAGAUUCAUCGGUAACGGACAAAGGCUCCAGGACCCACUCGUCCCUCACCGUCACCGAUAAGAUCCUGGGGAAGAGGAACCCCUUUCCUGGGGAGACAGUCCACCUGGAGCCCCCGUCUUCAGCUAAGAUCCUCCUAGACUGCAAACACCCGGAGCACCGGCAGGCCCUCUCACAGGACACUGAGGACGCAGCUGAUAAGCACUUCCUCUCCCUCAGCCAAGACAGUCAUGAGUGCUCCACAGGGUUCAAGGUGAAUAAAGAGAUACCUUACAUCCAGCCGGUCAAACACCCCAUCCCCUGCAACAUCGCCAACCAGGUCGAGGUCUCUCAGAUCUGUGUGGACAAAAUGGACGUCGUUCGGCCUCUGUACACCUACGAGAAGAAAAAGACGAUGGCUCUGGAUGAGUCGGAUCUGGACGUCUUUCCGUUCGGCAACGGGAAAAUCACCCAGAGCAGGAAGAAGUACAGCAGCAUCAAGAAUGUGGAGAAGAAUCGCCUGUCCAUCCUGCAGAACCACAGGAGCUUCUCCCUGUGUUACUCUGAGCUGAGGAACUGCCCCAGCAAGACUGAUCUGGAGCUGGGUCAGAAAGACUGUAAAAGCCCCAUACCAAGGAACAGUAUAACCCCAGCCCCCUGCCCCAUAGAAGAGAACGAGCUCCUGGCCUCGCAGGAGCGUGAGAUGGGCCAGGGCAGUGAGGAGGGGGACAUGGGCGAGCUGAAGAUCCGGUACGAGGACUAUCAGGAGAACAAGACUGAGAGGACCAUAGUAGCCCAGCAGGAGGCGCACUACAAGUUCUUCCCCAGUGUCAUUCUCUCCAACUGCCUUACCAGGCCCGCCAAGAAGGUUGUGGGCAACAAGCUGACCGACGGCUGCGCUAAGCUAGAGCAGGCAGAGCCACGCAAGUCCAGGCUAAAGCUGGGCAAGAGGAGGUCUGCUGCAGCAGCCCAGAAAGCUAAGGCGAACGCUGUGGAAAGCCUAGCCUCUGACAGCCAAGUGGGCAUGGCCUUAACGUCCAUCAUGCCUGCCUGUCCUAAGAGCACGGACACUGACGAGAAGCCAGUAACAGUGGCAAAAUCAGUCGUAGAGGAAACUGGACCCACAGAACCACUCCCAGAAUCGCCUGCCCCUUCCCCUGCCCUGGCCCCUACCCCUCUACCAGCCCCUGUCGUGUCCCCUACACCGGCCCCAGUCCCUGCCAUUCCCACUAAGGCAUCUGAGGAGUGCAGGUUGGCCCCACUGCCUGAGCUCCCUGUUAAAGUGACCUGCACCAAAGCAUCAGGUCUGCCUGGCAGCAAGUACACCCUGAGGGCCAAGCGCAAGAUGAGCUACGACAGCAGCGAGGACGGGGAACACUCGGGCGCCUCUCGCGUGAAACACCCUCUGGCCCUCCGAGACAACUAUGUCCGCUUCAAAGACAACUAUAUCCUCAGCACGCAGGAACUCAAGUAUCAGAAACGACGGAAGAUGUCCAGAAAGGAGCCAAGGGAGCCACCCAUCAUCAUCAAGUACAUCAUCAUCAACCGGUUUAAGGGUCAGAAGAACAUGUUGGUGAAGAUGGCCAAGGUGAGUGCUGAGGAGCAGCGGGUGGUGCUCACACCAGACAAACUGGAGACGUAUACUAAAAUGGCCCCCCUCAAGACCUUCUGGCCUAAGGUUCCAGAGUCUUGUGCAGUCAAGUUUCCUCUCAGUGAGCCCAAGCCUAAUAAGAAACAGCCCAAACGAAAAGUUAAGGUCAACACCACCACCAAUAAGAAAACGGUCAGCAGCCCUCCCAAACCUCGAGUCAGAGUCAGGCAGGGGGGUGAGAGGCCUAGAAGGACUAGAGGCCUUAGAAAAGCCUUGACUCUGCCCUCUCUGCCAUGCCCGCAGCCAUGUUACUGUGAACUGGCCGAUGACCACACCACGGAGUACUCUGAUGUGAUGGUGGAGUUGGGUUAUCUAUCUGAGAGAUCCCCUAGCCCCACUGAUUCAACCCCACCCCGAUGUUGGUCCCCCAGUGACCCCCUUAUGGAAGCCAUGUCCUCUGAUGGGUUGAUGAACCCAUUAAAUGAUCCCUGUCUCAGUUCUGUGUGUCAGGAAACCCCCCCAGCGUCCUUAGGCCGAGGUGUGCGGAACCGAAGCCGGGCUGCUAAACCUAGCAGCCCAAGAAGACGGACUAAGUCUGCUAAUAAGCUUUCGGAGGAAGUCAAAAAGGAGAGCGCAUCGAGAAGGAAAAGUACUAAUGGGACUCCAAGGAGGAGAAAGAAAGAUCUAGAAACAGUUGAUGGGACUAGUGUGGGUAGUGACUCUACUAACACCACCACAAGAACACGGAGGCCUCGUAGGAAGAAGCAGGCUGAAGAGCCUGAACAGCCCCCUGUAAGAAGCAGAGACUGUGACAGUUCCCAGCUCCUUUUCCCAGAGGAUGAGCUGCCUCCUACUGAAUCCUCCUCAAAGGCCAUACCACCCUUUCAGCAGCCAGCUAACAAAACCAACCAGAUCAUUGAUGGCUCCCAGGGGGUCGCUGGCUCUAAAUCCCUGUCCCAGUUCUCCCAGUUCAUUGAACCAAAGUCUGAAGACUAUGAGACGUCCAUCAUGGAGGUGAACCAAAGCUUUGCUCUCGAACUCUUCCAAACGCAGCCAGGCCAACUGCAGGGUUGUGCUGUGAAGGCAGAGACUGCAGUUGAUGAGUGCACACCCCCUCAGGUGAAAUCCCCCAUGGUGGGGAAAAGUAAGGGCGCCCCCAAAGCAGGGUCCCCCCACUCAGGCCUUAGGAACGGGGAGACCCUACCUGCGGAUACCUCUGGCCUGGCUGUUCUGAAGAAGCUCCUGCAGAAGAGGCAGCAGAGAGGCGGUCAGUGCCUCCCAACCCUGACAGUAGGCACAGAUAUCUCCUCCUCCACUACAACACAGCCCCCUGGCCCCACACCAGACCCUGCUGCAGCCAAGCCAUCAAGAGCCAGGAGAACUCCGUCAGCCACCCCACGGAAACCCCGGGCCCCAAGAACUACAACUCCCAAGGAGAGGAAGCCCAGAAGCAGGAAGGGUAAGGCAAACUCUCAGCCAGAGUUACCUGUGAAGCAGGAGCCACCUAUGUCAGACGAAAGCCCAGUGUUCCUGUCAGACCCAGGCCUGGACAGCUGCUACUCUAUAGAGGACAGCCUCUCCCCAGAGCUCCCACACAACUACAACUUCGACAUCAACGCUAUCGGCAUUGGCAGCCAGGCAGAGUUCUCCAGCCUGUACAUGGGCAGCCAGUUUGUUCUGACUGACAAGAACCUGCCUCAGAAGUUCCUGAGUGACAUCACCCAGGAGGCCGUCCCUGCACUGCAACGAAGCUUGUCUGGACCUCUGAGUCCUGACCUCUUUGACAAGCCAGAAAACGGCGAAUCUGUCUCCAACCAUCUAUCUUCUCUGGAUUCUGAGAGGUUACUGAGGAGCAGAGAGUGGGGAACGUCUCUAGGCAAACUCCACGGCCUCAGCCACUUCCAGGGCUUUCACUGUGAGAGGAAAGAACUGUUGUUCUCUGCCUUCGACCCCGUCUUACCGCUGCCUUUGAGCUCCGCGUCUUUCGCAGACAACGAAGGAUCACCGACUGGAGACCUACUGGAGGGGAACGAUGCUUUGGCGUCGACCACAGCCAGUAGUUCUCCACGCUCAGUAAGCUCUAUAUCCCAGGUGAAGACCAGCAGCCAGGUCCUCAGGGGGACAGGUGGGGGAGCCCACAUCCUCAAGCCCCUCAUGUCCCCUCCCAACCGGGACGAGAUCCUCACCACCCUCCUGGACCUGGAGAUGUCUGAGGCCACCUUUCAGGAACCCUUCUGCAGUAAUCCCUCAGAUGCCCCAGGGAAACCCAGGUAAGACCUCUAAACUCGCGGGAUUAUUUGAUUUGAUUUACUUUAAAAGCACUUUAUGACAACUACUGAUGUGAAAAGGGCUUUAUAAAUAAAUGUGAUUGAUUCAAGGGUUAAAUGCUACACACAAUAAAUGUAUAUGACUGAUGAGGCUGUGGUGAGGCAUGAUGUUGUGAAUCAUUCAAUCAUUCAAUCAUUAAUGCCCAUUUUAUCAUCUUUUCCAGGGAGGUUGGUGGGCGUAAAUUGACGGUGGAGACCAGGUUGGCCAAGGAGCUGGCUGAGUUCAACGGGGACCUAUCCCUGGAGGGGCUACAGUUCUGGAAGACAGCCUUCUCCGCAAUGACCCGACCUGGCUCCUCUCACACCCUGGGAGCAGAGGCCACCAGAGACCAGGCCCAGCUCAGCUCCUCCUCAGCCGGGGACCAGAAGGUCAUCCUGCUGCCUUGCAGGAGCGCCCCCAGCCGCGAACGCGUCCAGCUAUGGCUGGAGGCCAGGAAACAGUAUGAGCAUCUGCAGAGGGGCAGGAGAGACAUGGGAGCACUGGAGAGGGGAAGGUUAGAACAGAUAAGAGAAGAGCAGCAAACAGACAGGACUGAACAGCCCACUCUGUUCCAUUGUCCAGCAUUGAAGGACGAGGAGGGGUUUGAGAAACCCUCUGAUAUCAGGACUCAGACGGAGAGGAGGGACAAUCUCUCUCUACAUAUAUCACCUGUUGAGGGGGUGGAAACUCAGGACAGCCCCAGAGUGAAGCCUGUAUCAGACAUUAACACCAGAGACCCUGAGGAGGAGGAGGAGUACUACGGUAAAUCCAUCUCUCCAGACUCACCAGACCUGCCGCCCUGGCAGCAACCCAGCCCCUCAGGACUAGACGGAGUAGAGGGGGAGAGGAGAGGGUCAGAUCUAGGGUCACCCUUGUCUCCCAGGCUCUGCACCUCACCAGAGAGGAGAGAGGAGAAGCACUUCCUCAGUCCAUCUCCCUUACAUUCAAUGAAGAGCCAGGGGGACAGGGAGAGGACCAGCCCCCACCUUCAGCUCCACAGCACCCCAAUCCUCAGGAGACGCAGAUGCAGGGGCGAGUCGGAACCUGUGUGUAGCACCCCUGUGACUGAAGGUAAGCCCCAUCAUUCUCCGGCCGCAGGCUAUUAGCAGCUAUCACGCUUCAUCCUGCCUCGGCGGCUAACUCUAACUCAGACCAUGGGAAAUGACAAUAGCGAUAGAAUCCGCUAUCCUUCCGCUUUUCUUUACUCCAACUUUCUUUCCUCGGUGUGAAAUUUUUAUGGCUGCUAUUAAUGAUUGCAUAAUUGACUAAUCAAGCGUACCAGAAUUGUUAAGCUGUCACAGUCAUUUAUUGAAUUAGCUUUAUUAGGAGGAAGCCGUCUGCAUGCAGUUGUUUUUUCCUCUGGAAUGUCAUUAUGCAUCGCACCACCCCACCGGCAACCUUAACUCAUUUUGGGGUUUCUGUUCAAUCCCAGAAGCGGAGUCCACAUCUCAGAGACUGCAGCACAGGAGAGGGGAACACACAGACACCCUGAGGAGAGUGCUAUUGACCACACAGAUGAAGGUCAGGACAAACACCGAGAAUUUAAAAGCUCCUGCUCAUUUAGGCCAACACUCCAAAAAGCCUAUUUUAUAUGUUGUCCUCUAUACCCUGAUGAGUAAUGUAUGGUUUCAGAAGAUUGAUGAAGAGCAUCAGACAAGUAAAUAACCCAAGACAUAUUACAGAUUUAGCUUUGAUCAUUUGAAUCAGUCCGUCAUUUUUUUUUUUAUCCAUGAAUGACUUUUAGCAUUUACUUAAUCUGCCCGGAUACACUGUUCUCUCUUUUUAAUGUUAUGUGAACAUGCUUCCCCUCUUCCUCAAUCCCCAGAACCAGUUUGCUGCUUUGAACGUUACAAAGAAAGACAACUCUCAGAUCGAGGGCCCCAGUAUCAGCAACUCAUACGGCUUCAAAGUCAGCAUGCAGAACCUCCAGGACGCUAAAGCCCUGCACGAGGUGAGACACACACGCACGCACACACACAGAAGCACACACACACACACACCAUAGAGUUACAGAUGGAAUGUGACAUGCUUUUCUCUUUCAUCUGUAGGUGCAGCACCUGACGUUGAUGAGCAUGGAACUUCACGCGCGGACCCGGCGGGACUUGGAACCCGACCCCGAGUUUGACCCCAUAUGUGCCUUAUUCUACUGCUUCAGCUCUGACACACCUCUACUGGACUCCGACAAGACCCAGCUGACUGGGGCCAUCGUGGUGGACAAGGACUGCCAGGAGAGUAGCCAAGGUGACGGGUCACUCCCUCAGUCCCUCCUGCCAUGCUGUGGAUGGAUGGACCACACUUGUCUGACCUAGCUUCAACUAUUGUCAUUGUGUACAUGGUCAUUGUGCUUGAAUCUGAAAGAACAGCGUUUGUGAUGUAUCUGUGUGUGUGUCCUCCCAGGUGUCAGAGGAACAGUACCCCUGCUGGUCAGAUCCGGCGUCUCAGGACUGCAGGUCACCUACGCUGUGGAUGAGAAGCAGCUGUUCCAGGAAGUUGUCACUAUCAUGAGGAGGUACUGUAUUGGCUCCUGUGGAUUUGACCUUGAUCCUUACAAAAGGAGAUCUGAAGCACACAGUAGCUUUGUUGGACACCUUAUCGGUUGUGAAACAUUUCGCUGGGUGUUCAUGUUCCCAACACUGACAGCGCAGAUACAAAUUCACAGUUUUUGAUUUAAAUGUAUAUUAUACAUAUUCAUAUCUGUUCCCAUUUCUAUGUAAUCUUCUUUUAUUUUCUAUAUUGUUAAACAUGUGUACUGUGGCUCCUUGCGCCAAGUUGUUAACAUGAGUCCCUGUUCUGUCGUGGCAGGUUUGACCCAGACAUCCUGGUAGGCUAUGAGGCCCAGAUGCGUUCCUGGGGCUACAUCCUCCAGCGGGCAUCAGCACUCAGCGUGGACCUGUGCCAGCAGCUCUCCAGGGUGCCAGGUAGGGUGGCACUGACCCUGGACCUCUCUGCUGCCACAACACUGCUUUUAUCACUAAUAAAAAUGGUCUGCUUUGAUAGAAGAAGCAUGACAUUUAGUUAAUUUUUGUGUGUAGUUACAGUGCAUUCAGAAAGUAUUCAGACCCCUUGACUUUUUCCACAUUUUGUUACGUUAUAGCCUUAUUCUAAAAUGGAUGAAAUAGUUUUUUUCCCCUCAUCAAUCUACACACAAUACCCCAUAAUGACAAAGCAAAAACAGGUUUUUAGAAAUGUUUGCUAAUUUAUUAAAAAUAAAAAACGGAAAUAUCACAUUUACAUAAGUAUUCACACUCUUUACUCAGUACUUUGUUGAAGCACCUUUGGCAGUGAUUACAGCCUCAAGUCUUCUUGGGUAUGACUCUACAAGCUUGGCACACCUUUAUUUGGGGAUUUUCUCCCAUUCUUCUCUGCCGAUCCUCUGGUUGGAUGGGGAGCGUUGCUGCACAGCUAUUUUCAGGUCUCUCCAGAGAUGUUCGGCCGGGCUCUGGCUGGGCCAAUCAAGGACAUUCAGAGACUUGUCCCGAAGCCACUCCUGCAUUGUCUUGGCUGUGUGCUUAGGGUCGUUGUCCUGUUGGAAAGUGAACCUUCACCCCAGUCUGAGCGCUCUGGAGCAAAUUUUCAUCAAGGAUCUCUCUGUACUUUGCUCCAUUAAUCUUUCCCUCGAUCCUGACUGGUCUCCCAGUCCCUGCCGCUGAAAAACAUCCCCACAGCAUGAUGCUGCCACCACCAUGCUUCACCGUAGGGAUGGUGCCAGGUUUCCUCCAGACGUGAUGCUUGGCAUUCAGGCCAAAGAGUGCAAUCUUAGUUUCAUCAGACCAGGGAAUCUUGUUUCUCACGGUCUGAUAGUCUUUAGGUGCCUUUUGGCAACUCCAAGCGGGCUGUCAUGUGCCUUUUUACUGAGGAGUUGCUUCCGUCUGGCCAUUACCGUAAAGGCCUGAUUUGGUGGAGUGCUGCAGAGAUGAUUGUCCUUCUGGAAGGUUCUCCCAUCUCCACAGAUGAACUCUAGAGCUCUGUCAGAGUGACCAUCGGGUUCUUGAUCACCUCCCUGACCAAAGCUCUUCUACCCCAAUUGCUCAGUUUGGCCGGGCAGCCAGCUCUAGGAAGAGUCUUGGUGGUUCCAAACUUCUUCCAUUUAAGAAGGAUAGAGGCCACUGUGUUCUUGGACCUUCAAUGCUGCAGAAAUGUUUUGGUAACCUUCCCCAGAUCUGUGCCUUGGCACAAUCCUGUCUCGGUGCUCUAACGACAAUUCCUUCGACCUCAUUGCUUGGUUUUUGCUCUGACAUGCACUGUCAACUGUGGGACCUUUUAUAUGUGCCUUUCCAAAUAAUGUCCAAUCAAUUUAAUUUACCACAGGUGGACUCCAAUCAAGUUGUGGAAACAUCUCAAAGAUGAUCAAUGGAAACAGGAUGCACCUGAGCUCAAUUUCGAGUCUCAUAGCAAAGGGUCUGAAUACUUAUGUAAAUAAGGUAUUUCUGUUUUUUAUACAUUUGCAAAAAUGUCUAAAAACCUGUUUUCGCUUUGUCAUUAUGGAGUAUUUUAUGUAGAUUGCUGAGGAUUUUUUUUUAUUAAAUCAAUUUUAGAAUAAGGCUGUAACGUAAGAAAAUGUGGAAAAAGUCAAGGGGUCUGAACACUUUCCGAAGGCACUGUAUACAUUUGGUGGCACUGAACCUGGCCCUUUAUGCUGCCACAACACUGCUCCCUCACUCCUUUUAGCUCCUGUAAAACUGGUCUGAAUAAGCACCUCUCCUAAAGGAAGCCGUGGCACGUAGCGAAUCCACAGCUUGAGAGCUUGUUUAUUGAGAGUGUAGAUAUUUCUCUGUGAUUGAGCAAAAUUAAUUAUAAGUGGAUCAUUGUGUCUGGUAGUGUGGGAGUGCUGUGUUUUAAAUCGGAUUUAAAAUGCUGCGCGUGUUAGUGUAUUUAUGCUCCACUCAGUAUAUUCAAAUAAUAUUGGCUCUCAUACAGAAACGUCAAGCAGGUUUCUCCCUGACAUUCUACUGCUGUACAGCCAGCCAUUCCGUCCAGGUCAAAGGAGAAUGGAGCUAGAUGUGUCGUCUCGCUGCUCCUCCGUGGGUGUAGUAACGUCUGUCUGUUGUCCUCAGGUGACGCCAAGGAGAACCGUUUCGCUGCAGAGAGGGAUGAGUACGGAGCAGACACCAUGACAGAGAUACACAUCAUCGGGCGCAUAGUCAUCAACCUGUGGAGAAUCAUGAAGACUGAGGUAACUGCUGCUGCAGACAUCAUCAAUCACUUAGAAUCAAUGCUGCCAACCUUUCCACCGUAUCAUUUUGUUUGUUUCCCUUUUAUAAAAAAAAGAAAAAACGGUGUAUAGCUGCAGAUCAUUUUGUUUUCUCAUGUUUGUUUCUGAGGUCAUUUGUACGAGUGUAUUUCAUUGUUUUUUCCAGGUGACGUUGAACAACUACAGUUUUGAGAAUGUGGCCUUCCACGUCCUACACCAGCGCUUCCCCCUGUACAGCCCCCGCACCCUGUCGGACUGGUUCGACCACAACACUGACCUGUACAGGUGGGCACCACCCCAUCCUGCUACUGGAUACAUUCACACCCACCCACCUACCUGGCUGCUCUCUUUCAUUGUGCUCACAUUAUAACCAUCGUCACUCUGUUUUGUGAUCAACUCUUUAUUGGUUUUGCAUACCAAUUCAGUUGAAACUGAGACAAGACGAUAAAAGGGGUAAUUACAUUUGCAGUACCUUUUGAUUUCCUGUAUGAAGUUGACUCAGACUGUUGUGUGCCUGCCAGGUGGAAGAUGGUGGACCAUUAUGUGAGCCGGGUGGGUGGCACCAUGCAGCUGCUCCAGCAGCGUGACAUCAUCGGCAGGACCAGCGAGCUGGCCAGGGUGUUCGGGAUCCAGUUCUACCACGUGCUCACAAGAGGAUCCCAGGUCAGGAACCCACCGGAUCUCAGAAAUGUUGGGUUAUUAGCUGUGACGUGGAUUGGCACACUGUGUUGAUGUAAUGUUUAGUUACAGGUACAACAUUUUAUGGUGUUUCACUCACUGUCUAAUUUUGUAUCUUAUAUGGUUUGUUGUUUGACCACUGCCUUUCAACUAUAAGAGGAAUUAAGAAGGCACAUCAGGACUGUUGAAGUCCAGGAUGAGUUUAUCUGUCUGGCUCACCUCUAUCUCCCCAUGUGGUAGACUAGAAGGUGUCAGUCUGUUACUGGGAUUUAGGAAUUGGUGAUUGUCCGGUGGAUGGUCAGAACAAGUACUACAUACCACAAAUUAAAGGAAAGAUGAUCAAGGGAAACAAGGACACAUUAUGUCGAGACUGAGCUAAACCGGAUGGAGACGAGUUGUCAGUGAUCAGUCUAAUGAGAAAGCCAGAUGAGAUAUCUCACUCCACUCUGCCCUCUCUCCCUCUCCUUCUCUCUCCUCUCCCUGCAGUACCGUGUGGAGUCCAUGAUGCUGCGUGUGGCCAAGCCCAUGAACUACAUCCCCGUGACGCCCAGCAUGCAGCAGAGAGCCCAGCAGAGGGCGCCGCAGUGCAUCCCGCUGGUCAUGGAGCCCGAGUCGCGCUUCUACAGCAACUCUGUGGUGGUUCUGGACUUCCAGUCGCUGUACCCCUCCAUCGUCAUCGCAUACAACUACUGCUACUCUACCUGCCUGGGCCACGUGGAGAGCAUGGGAACGUAAGACACACAUAUACAUUCACCUUAUAGUUUUGGUAGUGUGAGAUGUCAGUCAAGGUACAGAGACCAACCACUGUGUGAUGUUUCAGGCCUGAUGGGUUUAAGUUUGGCUGCACCUCCCUGAGGGUCCCCCUUGAGCUCCUGUACCAGCUCCGCAAUGAUAUCACCAUCUCUCCCAACGGCAUCGCUUUUGUCAAGGUACAACUCUUCUGAUACAUUCACUUUUCCUAAUGAAAGGGGUGGAUUUUGAUUAAAUAAAUGAAACUGUUAUGGAACUAUUAAGAUUAACUGUGUGUGCGUGUCAAUGUGUCUGUUCCCUGAUCAGCCCACGGUGAGAAAGGGGGUCCUGCCCAGUAUGUUGGAGGAGAUCCUGAACACGCGGUUCAUGGUGAAGCGCUCCAUGAAGACUUACAAGCAGGACAAGGCCUUGAUGAGGCUCCUGGACGCCAGGCAGCUGGGACUCAAGCUCAUCGCCAACGUCACUUACGGCUACACCGGCGCUAACUACUCCGGACGCAUGCCCAGCGUAGAGGUGAGGGGCCCAGGGUUCACACUAACGUCUGGCACACUUACCCAAAACUCCAUGACCAUGAUAACUCCUCUGCCCCUCUAUCCCAUACUUUGUCAGUUGGGUUUGUACCACUAACCUUAGCUGGAAGCCUUUUUCUUAUGCAUGUCUCCAUCUAUUGUCUCUAUAGGUUGCCGAUAGUAUUGUCCACAAGGCCAGGGAGACCCUGGAGAGGGCCAUCAAGCUGGUCAACGACACCAAGAAAUGGGGAGCCCACGUUGUCUAUGGUGACACAGACAGGUAGGGAAGCGUCAGAUAUUGGGCCCUCUGGUUUUCUGCGACUCUUUUCUUACCCUCUACUUGUCUCUUCCAGCAUGUUUGUCCUGCUGAAGGGUGCGACUAAAGAGCAGGCCUUCAAGAUCGGCAACGAGAUCGCCGAGGCAGUGACUGCUACCAACCCUAAACCUGUCAAGCUGAAGUUUGAGAAGGUACAGUCUCUGCUCAGUACAGUAUGACGUGGCUAGACUGGCUGUCUGUACGAGUGUAUUGAAGCCCACAAUGUAUGUGUGUGUGGUAUUUGUUUAAGUCUGUCUGUCUGUAUGUGUGUUUGUGGAUUAAUUACAGAACCAUUAGUUUAAUCCCUCUCUGUGUGUCUGUGUGUGUGUGUGUGUGUGUGUGUGUGUGUGUGUGUGUGUGAUCCCAGGUGUAUCUCCCGUGCGUGCUCCAGACAAAGAAGCGCUACGUGGGCUACAUGUACGAGAGCCUGGACCAGAAGGACCCCGUGUUCGACGCCAAGGGGAUCGAAACAGUGCGCCGAGACGGAUGCCCUGCUGUUUCCAAGGUAACCAGCAACAUUUGACCGAUUCUGCCUGCUCUCUCUCUCUCUCUGUCUACACCCUUCACAGUCACGCCAGAUUUCUACUAGCAGCCCAAUGCUCAGAUGAAUACAAAGGACACACAUGGCAAUCAGUCCUUGUCUGAACAUUCUAUACUAUCACAGUCAGCCUGGUCGAUAUAUAGUUUAUAGACUGGUGUCUGGUAUGUGUGAACUCCCCCGUCUCCGUAGAUUUUGGAGCGUUCCAUCAAGCUGCUGUUUGAGACGCGGGAUAUCAGCCAGGUGAAACAGUUUGUGCAGCGUCAGUGUGUGAAGGUGCUGGAGGCCAAGGCCAGCAUGCAGGACCUGACCUUCGCUAAGGAGUACAGGGGCAGCAGCUCCUACCGGCCGGGGGCCUGCGUCCCUGCUCUGGAGCUCACCAGGUACACCAACAACAUACCGCCCGAGGGGGAGGGUGGUCGUAGCGUGUGUUUAUGACAUGACGGUGUUGAAUUAACAGAAGCAUCUUUGAGAAAUCUUGUGUGUUGACAAUAUGGUAGUGCCUAAAUGUAACUGCAUGUCUAAUUAGUGUGUUUCUGUGGAGUGGCUUGUUGAUGUGGGGUCGAAGAGUGUGUGUGAGACCUUCCUCCCCUCUCGUCUGGCUGUGUGCCCGUUGUGAAGCCACUUACUGAUUCCCCACAAUGCCCAUUGUCUGCCUGCACUACGACCGGCCUAGCUCAGUGUACUGUACCUGAGACAGUUGCUUAGCAACCCAGCCAAUAAUGGGUGGCAAAACCUGAUUUCAGAGACAUGGUUAAAUGGGGAAAAUAUUCUGUGUGAUUCAGGAAAUGUAUUACAAUUUAUUAUAGUCACUAAUACUACUGCAGUACAAAAACAAGGAGCAAAUGCAUCAUGCUUUGGUUUUGAACAAAAUAAAAUUUUUCUUGUGAUAAAUUAAUCCAUUAAAAUCUGAAUACUGUAUGUAUGUGUGGUCCUAUACCACUGCACAUAUUUGGGGUGCUAGAUUAGCAUGAACCAGCCAUUCCACUGCUGUGUCCUGACACCCCCAUCUCCCAACUCUCCCCCCAGGCGUAUGAUGGUUUAUGACCGGCGCCUGGAGCCACGGGUGGGCGAGCGGGUGCCCUACGUGAUUGUGUACGGGACGCCUGGCGUGCCUCUCAUCCAGCUGGUGCGGCGGCCCCUGGAGGUGCUGCAGGACCCGGGUCUGCGCCUCAACGCCACCUACUACAUCACCAAGCAGAUCCUGCCCCCGCUGCAGCGCAUCUUCCAGCUCAUCGGCGUGGACGUGCUCAACUGGUACCAGGAACUCCCCAGGGUGAGGCUAUGAAAGAGCGGUGCGGGUGGAGGGGGGUCGGUGGACCCUUAAAGGAUAGACCCUCUGGUCUCCAACCAAAAUGCUCUUCUAGUUAAAUAGUUACUGGGAUUCAUCAAACUGAUGAUUGAUCCAUGCUGGAGAGAAUAGAUGUUUGCUGACACACACAGACCACUGAAGCAGAGAUGGUGCUUUUGAAAGCUUUGUCCAGACUGUCGUGCAGACAGAGAACAAAAGAAAAAAGGGCUACAUGUCGGGAAUCAAAUGAGACAAAUAUCUAAUCUCGUACCCAAGUAAUUGUUAGAGGCACUGCCCUUUUGAAAUGCUAAUGAUGCCAUCUAGUGGCGAGUUGUGUAAAGGACAUGCGGAUUUAAUACUGUUGUCUCGUUAGCCUGCUUCAGACUGAAGGGCAAGGGGGCUUAGCUCUUUUAGACCAGUGUUUCUCAACUCCAGUCCUGCAGUGUUUCCAACAGUACAUGUUUUUGUUGCAGUCCCAGACAAACUCACCUGAUUCCACUUGUCAAGCCCUGGAUGAGUUGAAUCAGGUGGGUUCGUCCGAGGCUACAACAAAAACGUGUGCGGUUGGGAAACACUGUUUGAGAGCAUGUGUCAAACUCAUUCCACGGAGGGCCGAGUGUCUGCGGGUUUUUGCUCCUCCCUUGUACUUGAUUGAUGAAUUAAGGUCACUAAUUAGUAAAGAACUCUCCUCACCUGGUUGUCUAGGUCUUAAUUGAAAGGAAAAAACACAAACCCGCAGACACUAGGCCCUCCAUGAAAUGAGUUUAACAAAAAUAGUCUGACCUGUCAAAUAGUGAAUUACAGUCUUGAUGAACAAUACCUUUAUAUAUGACCACAAAUCUAACCUAGUCCAUGGCUCUAAACAUGUCCUCUGUGUUCAGGUCCAGAAGGCGUCAUGCUCCAUGGUGGCCAGAGGGGAGGUGGUAGGGAGGAAGGGGACCAUCUCCCAGUACUUCACCACUCUGCACUGUCCUGUGUGUGACGAGCUCACCCAGCUAGGGGUGUGUGCCAGCUGCCGGGCCGAGCCCCAACGCGUGGCCGUCACUCUCUACCAGGACAUGCGGCUGUGGGAGAGCCAGCAGGACCAGCUGCUAAAGGUGAAAGGUCGGGGGGGGGGGGGGGGGCUACACUAUAUAUACAAAAGUAUGUGGACACCCCUUCAAAUGAGUGGAUCCGGCUAUUUCAGCCACACCCGUUGCUGACAGGUGUAUAAAAUCGAGCACAGAGCCAUGCAAUCUCCAUAGACAAACAUUGGCAGUAAAAUGGCCUUACUGAAGAGCUCAGUGACUUUCAACGUGGCACUGUCAUAUGAUGCCACCUUUCCAACUAGUCAGUUCGUCACAUUUCUGCGCUGUUAGAGCUGGCCCGUUCAACUGUAAGUGCUGUUAUUAUGUAGUGGAAACGUCUGGGAGCAACAACGGCUCAGCGGUAGGCCACACAAGCUCACAGAACGACACCGCCGAGUGCUGAAGCGCGUAGCGCGUAAAAAUCGCCUGUCCUCGGUUGCAACACUCACUACCGAGUUCCAAACUGCCUCUGGAAGCAACGUCAGCACUUUUGGUUAUGUAGUGUACCACAAGCUGCUGCUAUUGUGAAGAGGUCAUGCUGGAUAGUCUCCAAGCACUGUCUGCAUUUUAGUUUAGAGAGUCAGAGUACAGCGAGAUGGAAAUAGAGCUAAGCUUAGAGUUCUAUUUUUAGCCCUGUUAUCAUGUAAUAUUAGAGGGAAAGUUCACUCAAACUGGUUGGUGACGUUCUGUAGCUAGAAUUUAAACUCCAUUAACCAACCUCCUGUUUUCUAUUGGUCCAGAUCUGUAGGAACUGCAGCGGCAGUGCGGAGCGGCAGGUUCCGUGUGUGUCUCUGGACUGUCCUGUGCUCUACAAGCUGUCCCGGGUCAACAGACAGCUCACCAAGGCCCCAUACCUCCGACAGCUCCUGGAGCAGUUCUGAUUCUGAAUGGCCCCACUGCCCCGCGCAGCACAGCUACUCUGGUGCUAAACCAACGUUGUCUCAUCCAGCUCAGUGUUUCCCUGUCUUUUUUUUCUUUUUAAAUGGUGCUUUGAUUGAACCCCGUUGGGUUUUCAUGUUGUCCUGUUGUUAUACAAGUAUUUCUGCUCUAAGUGCAGACUGGCUGGGUUUGGCCUCCUGUGGGAGGCGAGGGAGUGUUUUUUUAGGGUUCAUUCUCCCACUCUCACUGUGUCUUCAUUAGCUGCUAUUGGUUGGUUGUGAUUGAAGCUGAUGUUUUUUCUUCAGAUGGUGUAUCUGAAGAUGGUCUCGUCUGCAUCAUAAAGAUGGCAUUAACUCUGAUCGAAGAGGACCCUACCGUUUUAUUUUGUAUGCGCUGUAGCAAUUUGUAAAUGCAAGACUUAAAAAGUCUGAACAGUAUUUCUAAGGAGCUCCUUACAACUCAAAAGUUGACUAAAUAAACCACUGUUUAACUACAUUUCCCUUUUAUAUCAAAUACAAUCUUUGGUAAAUAAUUAUUGUAAAGUGCCCAUUUUGAAUUCUCUCUGUGCAUCGGCAUUAAAAAAUAAAAACAAAUAAACUUGUUUUAAUGCAUUCUGUUUGUGUGCCAUGUUAAUACAUUUGUUUCUUUUAGCCUCGAUUGUAUUUGUCAGUUUUGAAAAAGCAUAUCAUUAUACUCCGAGGCACUAAUGCCUAUCAAAAGAGGAUGGGGAGUAUUCAUUUAAGUUUUUACUUCUGGGACUGUUGCAAUACUGUAUUUGAUAAUUUAUGGCAAGAGUAUAUAUUAUUUCCUUGUGCAUAUUUGUUUUGUACACAUUUCUAAUGCUUUCUCCAUGUUAAAACAGCAUAUGCCAUCUACCCAUGUCAAGAUGGAUUAUAUUAUUUCCCAAACAACUCUACACAGGAUCUGUGUAUUUGUAUAAAUGUAAAUGUACAAAAAAAUAUGAAGGAAGUGUUUUUUGCUUUGUUUUUAAUGGACAUUGCUGUGGGUGGAGGUUGAUAUAAUAAAAUGUAUUAAAUUCUUUAGUCUUUGUGUUUAGUAUUUUGUCAUGAUUUUGAUUUGUUUUCAUAGAAAAAUUCAAGAGAUAUUAACUUUAACAAAGAUCACACAUCUGAAUGAAAAAUGACAGAUUACUAGACAAUAAAUUCAUCACAGCACAAUAAUUAAAUCAAAAUUAUUUUUUUACAGAACAGUGCAAAUAAACAAACUUGU